UUUAGAGACGACAGAAACUUUAUUUGAGCUGUGAUACAAAAACACAAGCAGGUUUAUUUCACUGGAACCUUCUUUUCACCUGUUACUGCUUUAUUUGUUUGUUUAAAGGUGGUUAAUUAAAGUAACUGAUUAGUGAGUAACCAAACAGAGUCUCUGCAGGUCUGUGAGGCUGAGGUUUGAUUGGACCUGUCACACAUUCACUCGUCACGGUCAGUCAGAGUGUUGUUUCUCAUGUUGGGGGGGUUUGGGUCAGAUUUCUGGAGUUUGGUCUCGGGGGCUGACACGGAAGUGGCCGGAGUGUCCUCUGCGCCCCUGACAUGCGCAGUUUGGCACUGGGUGUAGUCUGGAGUCUCGUCUUUUCCUGCUGGAGUUGGUGCAUGGCGGAGGAGGACACAAAGAGCUGAGGCCGAGCGCAGACCCUCACAGCAGCAGCAGCAGUUCACCGGGACAACACGAGCUCUGGACGCGGCCUGGAGCGAAGACGAUCCGCCGCCGCUGCUGAAUCGCGCCGCCUUCGCUCACUGUACGCCGUGAGCCCCGCGCUUCUGUUCGAGCAAACUUUGGAAAAGUUCGGGGAGUUUGUGUCGGAGCGGUGCGGAGAGUUUCUGGUCGAGAGGAGAGGACGGAGAGGAGAGGAAAAAUGCCGAGUUUGAUCCGGGCUCUGGUGGCUCUGAGCUGGGUGGUGCUGGUGUCGGUCCGCGCCGCCAUGGACGAGUGUUCGGACGAGCGGGGCUCCGCGCAGCGCUGCAUGCCCGAGUUCGUGAACGCCGCCUUCAAUGUAACGGUGGUGGCCACCAACACCUGCGGCUCUCCGCCCGAGGAGUACUGCGUGCAGACCGGGGCCACCGGAGUCACCAAGUCCUGCCAUAUCUGCGACGCCCGGGACCCCCGGAACCACCACAGUGCCGUUUACCUGACCGACUACAACAACCAGCAGGACACCACCUGGUGGCAAAGCCAGACCAUGCUGGCGGGGAUCCAGUACCCGAACUCCAUCAACCUCACCCUGCACCUCGGUAAGCUCCUCCAAACAUCCCCUUCUUCUUGCGCCAGAGAUCCGCCGUGCCGAACCCCCUUGAAAAAAUCGUCUAGUUUUGUUUUUAUGGCUUCUUUCUAGCGUAGAUCAUAUGGAUGAAAGUGAUAUUUUAGUUGUCAAUGUUUGAAGUAGUAUUCAGUUAUUCGGCACAAAUAAAAAAACCUUAAACUGUAAUGUACACAGUGAAAUCUGAGUUUUCUUAUCAGGGUUGCUUGCAGCCUGUGUGUCGCUGCUCUUCUGAAAACACUCCAGCCGGAUCCAGCUGUGAGAAAUGGAUGUUUGAAAAGUUCACAAAGCAGGUUGAGAUUUGCUUCUUUAGCUGUGUCCCCAAAUGAAAAUGGAGUAAUCACCCUGCACCUCGGUAAGCCCCUUCAAACACCCCCUUCUUCCUGCGCCAGAGAUCCGCCGUGCCGAACCCUCUUGAAAAAAACGUCUAUUUUUGUCGUUUUUUGGCUUGUUUCUGACGGAGAUCUCUCAGAUCAAAGUGAUAUUUUAGUAGUCAAUGUUUGAAGUAGUGUUUAUUUAUUCGGCAUAUAUAAAAACCCUUAAACUAUAAUCUACACAGUGAAAUAAGAGUUUUCUCAUCGGGGUUGUUUGCAGCCUCUGUGUCGCCGGAUCCAGCUGUGAGAAAAGUAUGUUUGAUAAGUUCACAAAGCAGACUGAGAUUUGCUUCUUUAGCUGUGCUCCGGGUUGAAAAUGGAGUCAUCACAGUGAAAAUAAGAUGUGAUGUAGGCACAGUUGCGCCUUUUGGUCUAAAAUUGAAGAAGUUGUUACUGAAGUUUGGUGGGACUUUCUGUCGUUGGAGAUAAAAGACUUGUUGUUGUGUUGAACUUUUUUUUUUCCCACAUGAAGGAAGUGAAGCAGCUUCAGAGCAGCUGAAAGAGGAGCUUCUCCGAGCUGUGUCUGUGCUCGUCAUGUUCAGAUGAUCAGAGCAGACACUAAAUCAGUGAUGUAACCUGCAGAGUUUGGAAAUGAGGGAUUUUUGCCUCCAGCAGUGGAGCAUGGAGGGCAUAGUUUUCAUGGUUGGGGGUGGAGGAGUGUGUGUGUGUGUGGAGGCAGAGGUGUGGGGGUUGGAGCUAUUUUCUGACCUGACUGUAGGGUCAGCCUGUCCCAGCAGGAACAGCAGCACUUGAAGCUGGAUCACACUGACUUUGUGAUUUCCAGUGUUUGUUCUGCUCUCUGCUGAGGUGUGAAGGUAGCAGCCUGGUGUCCUGAAGGAGGAGGAGAAGAAGGAGGAGGAGGAGGGGUGCUGAGGCGUCCUCUGAGGACAGCUGGUCUCCCAGUGUCUCCUGAAGGAAGUGGAGCUGUGUUCAGAAUCAGUCCCAACACAUCAGUCAGUGUAAAUAACAGAGGAAGCAGCAGGGAGCGUCUGCUUUUCACAGUAAACACAGCAGCAGAGUUCAGUCCCAGUGUGUGAGGAAACUUUCUGCUCGUUUGUUUAACUCACGACUUUUUAUCAUCGUAAAAACUUGAGUCACGUCGCAGUAUUACCUCUGAAUUUCAGCAGUGAUUUCAUAAUAUCCUGAUACAGUGGGACUCUGUGGACUCGCUCACUAAACGACUUUGUUGCAACACUUUGGACGCGGCGCAACAUCUGUGCUGAAAAACCUCAUAGUACCUCCUUUGAUCGGUGCCUGAGAAUCUGACGAGGUUCUCAUUCUCUUCAGGUCAAACUUAUCAGAAACAAAAACAUAUUCUGCAACUUUUUCACUUCUUAAACUGCAACAGUGACGGUCUAAUACGACACGGUACAACUCCACAUAUUACAGUGUAAUAAGAGUAGAAUCAUGAUUCUGAUAGGAUGGCGUAAAGAUGGUAAUAUCACACUACACUAUGAGAAUCUAUUGUGAUAGAAGAGACAAUAAGCUGUAUGUGGUCCACAAUAACAACUAUAUCAUUACACAGUUAUAAUGCUCAGUACAAUAAUGAUUAUGUCAUGAUACUAAAGCACAUAAUCCAGUGAUGAUAACAGUAUCAUGAUACAGGGAUAUGAUAGGUCAGACAUGGCCAAUCUCAGCGAUCAUAUCAGGAAUCAUUAUGACAGAAUUAGAGAGUCAGUCAGAUUGGGCCAACAAUAUAUGUCAUGAUUGUUGAUGAUUUGAGACGACAUAGUGCUCAACUCUCAUCCUAAAGUAACUGUAAUAUCAUGAUACCAUAGGAAACUGUUAGAUAUGAUAUGAUAGAUGGCCCAUGAUAACUAUGAUAUCAUGAUACUGCAGGACUGGACAGUGUGCUGCUUGAUUCAAAGCCCACAGUUCUGAUAAUAUCACGAUAUGUUAAGAGUAAGAUACAGUUAGUCAUGAUCGGACUAAAUUCACAAUUUCACGAUAGUACCCGUCAUGAUUCAAUCAUGAUACUGUCAUACAUGAUUAUAUCACGAUACUGAAUGACUCCAUACUAUAGGAGGUAUAUGAUCCAUGAGAAUAUCAUGCUAAGUUAUGAGAAAAUUAGAGACAAUAAAUUAUAUGUGACUCACAAUGACAAUAAUAUCAUGAUAGUAUCAGGCAUGGUUCAGUAUGAACCACAAUAGUAAUUAUAUCAUGAUACUCUAUGACCUGUUAUGAUAUGAAAUCAUUAUCAUGGGUCAUGUAUUUCAUAGUAAUACAUGGUCCAUAAGUAAUACUGUCUUUCACAGUAAAUCAUAUGUGACUCACAGUAACAAUAAUAUCAUGAUAGUAUCAGGCAUGGUUCAAUAUGAUGUAUCAUGAAUGGUCCACGAUAGUAAUUAUAUCAUGAUAUUUUAUGACCUGAUAUAAUAUGAAAUACACGGCCCAUGAUAAUGAUAAUGUCAUGAUAUGACAGUAUGUCAGAUGUGGCUCAUGAUAAUUAUAAUUUAACACUAUACCGUGAUAGAAUAUGUCAUGAUAGUAAAGCUCAUGGUUCAGUAUGAUAUAAAUCCUGGUUUCUAGCCCUGGUUUCGUCCUGAUCCUGAGAUAAAUCUGUUUCGUAUGUUAUCAUAACACUAUGAUAGUACAUGACUCAGCAGUAUGUAAUGCUUGUUUCACGGCCAACAGUCAUGAUAAUAUCACGAUACCUGGUCCACUGUCACAGUAUCAUGACACAGCAGAUAUAUUUCCACACCUUUGGAUCAAAUCAAAGUGGAUUUAUCUGCAGCCGUGCUGACUCCCAGCCCCCUCCUCUCUUUCUGCCGUCUUAGUUUUCCUUUUAAAAAUACCUGUCUAUUUCGGAGCCCGGAGCCCGGGGCCUCCAGCAGCAGCACUACUGUUUUUAACAGAGCUGACAUUCCUGAGAGGUUCAGUCAUGCUGCUGCUCACAGCUCAGUCUCUGUGGCCUCAGGUGAUAAACUCUGAUUAUCUGCAGCCUCCUUCACAUGGAAAUGUCUUUAAUUACACACUCAGCUUUCCCCUCCUGCAGGCCGUGUUUUCAGGGCCGGCGGCGGCGGCGGCGGCGGCUGUGGCGGGCUUUCUUCCUGACUGGAGCUCGGCCUCUCUCACAUGUCUGUCGGUCAGGAGAGCAGAGCUCAGGUCCUGCAGGAAAGACGGGAUCAGAUUUUCUUAUUUUUAAAAAGCAGCUGUCGUCUCACCAGCUGAGCCUCCUGCUGCUUCAUCAGGAGUCAGAGAGGUCUCUGUGGGACAACCUGCUCCACGCAGGAAGUCCAAACUGAAGCCCCGCAGACUUGUGGGUAAUGCAGUGUUUGGAGCGGGUGUCGGCGGCUCUGGUUUGAGUGUUUGUUGAAAGUUGAACGGCUCGUUGGGUUUCAUGUUUGCGUGAAGAGUUUGUUUCCUGCUCCGGUUUCCUCCUCGUCUAAAUAUUUAGUCCCAACAAACGCAGUCCUGACAGACGGCCGGCUGCACGCCGCCGCCAUAUUCAUUAAACCAGUUUGAGAGGUCCAAAGGCUGUUUAUUUCAGCCAAUCAGGUUCUUUGUUUGUGCGCCCUCAGACUCUUGGACAGCUCUGUAUUUUCACUGUAAAUCUGUGUUUGAUGAGGGUGAGAGUGGUGUCGGAGAUUAGCGGUAAAAACCGUGUGCUUCACCUGUGUCCCUUUUGUAGCCUUUACCUGCCCAUUCACCUGAAGCGCCCCCUUGUGGUGAUUGUGCGAGUAACAAAACCACACCCAAAAAAUAACAGUUAAAACGGCUCAAACGCCGUCUGUGAGGGUGACCACCGAGAGUCACACUGAAGAGACGUCUUUGCUUCUCUCGGUUUUCUCGUGUUUCGGUUGGUCGAGCGUUUGGUUGAGACGGUUUUUCCUUCAUCAGUAUCAGUGAUCUUAAACUGGUCAGUGACUGAUGUCUCAGGGACGGCGUCCAUGUUUUCACAGGUCUCCAUGCGGUCGUGGCGACGGUGAAGGAAGCUCCAAGUCCUGGUCCUGCUGUGAUCGGGUCAUUCCUGUCUCUCUUAAGCUGUCCUACCAAAAUAAAGGCACAGAUGAUGUGAGGUGCUUCAAACUUUUAUUUUGUAGGAGCUGAAGGUGUCGAAUGUUGAAGAGGUCUGCAGAAGUCUGAAGGUAGUCUGGACCCGUGUGGUCAGAGAGUCCAUGAUCAGGUCUGAGACUGCUGAAAUCAGGUUUUAUAAAAGAAGGGGGUCCAGAAGGUUCGGUUCCCGGCCCUGCCAGCAGACCUGUGUGAGGUUUGGUCCGGUUCUGUGGUCCUGGUCUGGUUCUGUGGUCCUGGUCUGGUUCUGCAGAGUCUUUAAAAAGGAUAAAGCUCAGACUGAAGCCGUGAUGUCAGAGUCCUGAUCUGAGGAAACGCCACGUUUGAGCAGCUCGGCUCUCUGAGUCUUUGAUGCUGCAGGAAGACGACGUGUCCCGACUCGACUCAGGAGAUCAGGCUGCAGAGAGGAGGGGGAGGGACAUGAAAGACCCUGGAAGAAGAAGAAGAAGAAGAAGAAGAAGAAGAAGAAGAAGAAGAAGAAGAAGAAGAAGAAGAAGAAGAAGAAGAAGAAGAAGGAGGAGGAGAAGGAGAAGAAGAAGAAGAAGAAGAAGAAGGAGGAGGAGAAGGAGAAGAAGAAGAAGAAGGAGAAGAAGAAGAAGAAGAAGAAGAAGGAGGAGGAGAAGAAGAAGAAGAAGAAGAAGAAGGGUUCAUCUAUCUGCGUUUCACCUCAUGUCAGACUGUGAACCUGUUCGUCUUUAAACCGUUGUUUGACCGAGUGUUUCUGUUCACCUGUGGCUCAGCUCUCAGCACAGAUAGUAAAGAUGUAGAUGUCUCUCUCCCUCAGAGUCUGUGUCUGUCCCACACAUCGACUGUCUGCUCUGAGUCCGCUGUUUCCCUUCAGACUGUGAACAUGAACCAGAGAAACAAACCCGCCGUUUGUUGCUUUAAGGCGAGACCGAGCGUCACGUGAAAACAGCUGGACUCACCCUGACUGUCUGAGGGGGGGGGGGGGUUUGUUUCUCGCUUCAGUACCUGAGAGACUCUUUGAAGUCUGAACCUCGAGGAAAAACAUCCUCCGUCCUUCACCAGAUUAAAUAUCUGCUCUGAGCUUCUUAGAGCCGCGCGGUGAGAGAAACAGCUGAUGAGAGGUGUGACUGAAAAACCGCCACUGAUCAAACACCUGAUCAAACACCUGAUCAAACACCUGAUCAGACACCUAUAACUGAUCAAACACCUGAUCGAAUACCUGAUCAAACACCUGAUCAAACACCUGAUCAAACACCUGUAAUCUGAUCAAACACCUGAUCAGACACCUAAAACUGAUCAAACACCUGAUCAAACACCUGUAACCUGAUCAAACACCUGUAACCUGAUCAAGCUCUGGUGUGAACUGUUUAUAAUCUGGCGUAACAUGUUUAUAAUCUGGCGUUACAUGUUUAUAAUCUGGCGUUACAUGUUUAUAAUCUGGCUUAACAUGUUUACAAUCUGGCGUUACAUGUUUAUAAUCUGGCGUUACAUGUUUAUAAUUUGGUGUUACAUGUUUAUAAUCUGGCGUUACAUGUUUAUAAUCUGGCGUUACAUGUUUAUAAUCUGGCGUUACAUGUUUAUAAUCUGGCGUUACAUGUUUAUAAUCUGGCGUUACAUGUUUAUAAUUUGGUGUUGCAUGUUUAUAAUCUUGCGUUACAUGUAUAUAAUCUGGCGUUACAUGUUUAUAAUUUGGUGUUGCAUGUUUAUAAUCUGGCGUUACAUGUUUAUAAUCUGGCGUUACAUGUUUAUAAUUUGGUGUUGCGUGUUUAUAAUCUGGCGUUACAUGUUUAUAAUCUGGCGUUACAUGUUUAUAAUUUGGUGUUACAUGUUUAUAAUUUGGUGUUGCAUGUUUAUAAUCUUGCGUUACAUGUAUAUAAUCUGGCGUUACAUGUAUAUAAUCUGGCAUUACAUGUUUAUAAUCUGGCGUUACAUGUUUAUAAUCUGGCGUUACAUGUAUAUAAUCUGGCGUUACAUGUUUAUAAUCUGGCGUUACAUGUUUAGAAUGUGGAUUUACAUGUGUAUAUAAUCUGGCGUUACAUGUUUAUAAUCUGGCGUUACAUGUUUAUAAUCUGGCGUUACAUGUUAAUAAUCUGGCGUUGCAUGUUUAUAAUCUUGCGUUACAUGUUAAUAAUCUGGAGUUACAUGUUUAUAAUCUGGCGUUACAUGUUUAUAAUCUGGCGUUACAUGUUUAUAAUCUGGCGUUACAUGUUUAUAAUUUGGUGUUACAUGUUUAGAAUCUUGCGUUUCAUGUUUAUGAUCUUGUUUGUACUUUGGCGUUACCUGUUAUUUGCUCUGGCGUUUCAUCUGUGAACUGUAGUUUCACCCAUUUAAACUUUGACCUUUCGUCACCCUGACCUCAGACUUUAAACGCCGUCUUUCAGCGUUCAUGUUUUUGUUGUUAAACGCUCCUUUUUCUGACGUUUCCUCUCUGAAGUUUGAGCCGUAAAGUCUUGAGUCUUAAUCUGUGACCGUGUGUUUUUAAGUCUGUUGUUAAAUCUUUGUUCUGUUCGGGUUUGACCUUUAACCUUUGCUGUAAAAUCCUCUGGCGGUUCCCGCUCAGGUCAGACAGUAGCCCAGAGCUGCAGAGUCCAGGUUCUGAGUCAGUCCUGGUAUUUUGGGGGCGGGGUUUGAAGGUACUUCCUGCGUGUUUCUGUCGUCAGCUGCAGCAGCGAGCCCUCAGUGUUUCCCGAGCUCGGCGUCCAGCUGUGCAGCUCUCAUAAUCUCAGCUCAGAACAAGUUCCCACGCCGAGCUCAUUCCUCGCACGCCGAACAAUGAUGACCCCCCCUCCUCGCCCAGCACACACUCUCUCUCACAUCGGUAUAAUUUGCAACAGCUGGACGCUCCAGAGGGAAUAAGUGGGCUCGGUCUUUUAUGACGGGUUGGGAAAGACGGAGAGGAGGAGGAGGAGGAGGAGCGGAGAGACACUCAGAGGGAUUUUCCCACAGUGCACUGCUGCUCCCGCUCGCUCAGACUCUCAGAAACCUGCUGACCCUGUUCAGUUUCUAAACUCAGGUGAUUUAUUUAGGACGAGAGCCGGUGAGGCCACCAGACCAGGUUCUGUAGACCUCAGUGAUCUACAGAAUCUGGUUUGGGAUCAUCUGAAGGUCUUCUCCGAUCGUCUGGAUGGACUCAGAUGUUGCUCCUAAACCUGGAGAUAUUGUUUAAAACUGAGGAUGCAGCAUCUAUGAUUUCCAGUUCUUCGUUGAAAGAAUAUUAGAUUCUGAUUCAUCAGACCUCAGGACAGUUGAUGGACGAGUGAUAUUAAAGGUCUUGCUUGUUUGUAGUGAGACCUCAGGCCAGUCCAUUACAGACUACAGCGGGGUGACGCAGCUCAAGGAAGAACAUUUAUGAUCAUUUCUUCAUCAUUUCCUUGAAGUAAUAAUCACCAUAUUAAUCAUUUUACAGACGCGGUAGUUCUUCUGUCUUAGCGUCUCGGUCUGAUUGUAUUUCCAUGAAGAAAUGAUCAUAAAUGUUCUUCCUUGAGCUGCGGCACCCCGCUGUAGUCUGUAAUGGACUGGCCUGAGGUCUCUCUACAAACAAGCGUCUGCUGGAAGAGAGUAGGUGAGUUGUGUUUAGUCUCUUUGUUAAAGAAAUGAGUCAAAGUUAAAAAGAUGUUUGGUGUCUAGUACUAUGUCUGUGACCCUAUAUGUACUAACCUCAGUAGAUCAUGGUGUAGUUCAGUUUAAUAACAGAACCUCAUUGGAAAAUUAGCUGAUUUAACUUUACUGUGCUCUUGUUCAAAUAUAUUAACUCGACAGCACAUAAAUUCAUACCUGUUAACAAAAUCAUGAUUUUAUUGAUAAUUCGGCUCAAUAAAAACACCUUUACCUUUUCAUUUUACUACAGUAGAAGUUUAUUGGCCCAGCUUAUAGACUACAGAGGUGGAGAAACGCCCCCGCUUAAGUUUAUGUUUUCUUAGGAGUCAGAACAACUCUGAAUAUAGAACUAUGUCUGUGACCCUAUAUGUCCUGUUGAUGAAGUUAGGUGCUGUUCUGAGCAUUAUUUGUGGCUAUAGAGUGGCGUUUUGGUUGGGGGCGUGGCUCUCUGUAUUUCUAUCCUGCGGUCGUUACUAAAGUUGGUAUAACUAGAGAAGGAAGCGGUCGACAACAUUCAUCUCUGGAGGGGGGGUCUAACUCGGUGUUACGGUGGGUUUGACCCUGAAUUAAUUUUACAGCAGAAUAUCCCUUUAAGUCCAUGCGGUGACUCCGACUACAGAGACUCUGAUGGUCCCUGUCGGGUCGGCUGAAGGUUCGUUGGAGAGUUUCUGUUUGUUCUCUCGCUUCCUCCCUCUGCUUCAGCUCGGGGGCCUCUAGGGGCCGUUUUUGUGUUAAUCCGGCACUUGAGGGGCCCCCUGAUCCCCCCACCCCCCACCCGUCAGUCUGACACAUGAAUAUUCAGCCCCCUUCAGACCAGAACUGAAGGAUCCUGGGAGUCCAGUUUUAAGCAGCUUUUCUGUGAGAACCCGGUCCGUUGAAGGACUCUCCUGUUUCAGGGUUUUUGGAUCUUGUUUUUGGAUCUUGAUUUGGAGUCAGAUCUUUGACAGUAGCUGGUCUAACUCCUCAGAGUGAUUCUCCAAACAAAGAUGGAGGUUCAACACGAGGCGUUCAGGGCCCCUGGGAUAUCUCAGCGUCCUCUGAGGUCAAAGGCCGCAGGUCGAGGAGACACACAGACCAAACCCUGUUCAGAUUUCUGCCAGUUUUUCUGAACCAGAACCUUUUUAUCUCUUUAAAGACAGUUUUUAACUCUGAGUUCAGUUUUUCCUCUGGAGACCAGGUCCCACUCAGACCACUAACCCUGAACCCUGAACCCUGCUGAGCUGAGGUGCGUUCAGAACCCUCAGUGGUUCAAGUCUGUUCAAACAUCUUCACUUCCUCUCAGAGAGACGACCCCACGUCCUCACUUUGUCGUGACAUUCCUGCACAAACACACACACACACACAAACACACACACACACACAAAUACACACUCGUGCACAAACAGACACGUGCACAGAGUUGAAGUUCCUCUCCAAACGCUCACGAUCGACGACCACCUGCUCAUGAAUCAUCCACAGAUGAGAGAGAAGAAGAUGGACGCUCGUUUUUGUGGCUGCAGUCAAAGUCCGGAGAGUUCUGCACAUGCUCAGUAACAGGGAGGAUAAAGGAGGUCUCAUGAACACGUCGCUCCUGAGUUUAGUUAACGGACCUCGACACACGCUCAUGUAGGAUCCUCCUGACCGUCAUCAUCAUCAUCAUCAUCAUCAUCAUCAUCAUGAUACCGUCAUUCACCAUCACUUCAUUAUUCUCGCUGUUAGAGACAGGAAGUGCUGAUCUGGUGCUGUCCUCUGAUUGGUUCAUUAGAGGCUGAAGUCAUUCUUUAUGCUCGCUGUAGACGUGAGACUUAAAAAUGGCGGUUGAUAGUGAGGUGGUGAACGUGUCGUGGUUUAAUUAUUUAUAGAUUUUUAUUUAUUCAAACUGAUAAGAAAAAUGUAAUUAAAGUUUUUAACUAAAGUUUUUUUUUUUAAGUUUUUAAUAAAGUGUUUUUAAUAAAAGGUGGAACAGCCGAGUGAAGAGGAUUCCGGAUUAGAGAGGACCUCUUCCUGGUCUGUGUGUCCCCUUCAGGUCUGAUCUCAGGGUCAGGAAUCCAGACUUUUGUCCCGGACCCCCUUCAAAGGGGGACAGGUCCUAUCAGGAGAUCAGAGGGGGGGUCCUCAGACCUCACAGACCCCUCUGUCUUUUCUUUAGUGAGGAGGAGGAGCGGUGGGGGAGGGGCCUCUCCUUCUGUGUGGUCACCCCCCCGUCCUUAAACCUCCGUCCUCUCUCUGAGUCCGGGACGUUUCUGCAGAGCUGCUGGACUGGUUCUGGUUCAGGUUCUGGAGUUUUUAAGUCCUGAAGGUGAACCUAGAGAACGUGUCUGAGCGUGGUUCUGAUCCGAACCUUUGACCCGGCUGUUAAAACCCGGUUUUCCUAAAGUCCCCGAUCCUCCAGAUCCUCCUUCAGAUCUUUGAUCCUCCUGCUGAAAUGAACGUGUGAAAAUUAAAGGAGGAUCUUUGGAGGGUUCUCGUCCCGCUCCAGGUGAGGGUGCAGCUGCUGGAGGGUCUUUAUUUACCCCCCCCACCCCCCCGACACGCCGGCCUCCACCCACUCACAACAAACAGCGUCCUUUUCUUCUCGUCUGUUUAACCUGCUGCUCUCUGUUUGCUCACUUUGAAGCUCGCUCUCCACAUUCUUCUCUCCUCCUGUUAAUUAAAAGGCCCGUGCUGCGUUCAGGGACAGCGCUGCGUUCAGGGUAGGCCUGAACGAUAUAUCGUUUGACUAUCGUCAUCGCGAUGUACGUGUGUGCGAUAGUCACAUCGCAGAGCCUGUGAUAUUGGAGGUGAAUGAACUCAUUUAAUUUCAAGGGUAACUGACUGAGAUACACUCCAUGUGACUCUGCAUGUGCUGUGCAGCGAUCCACCAAUCACAUUCGUCCUUAACUCAGUUGCCAAUCAGACUCACUUCUCAGUUGCCAAUCAGACUACCCUGCCAGCUGUCAAUCAAAAUCAGGGAGGAGAAAACCCACCCCUGCACAUGUUCUGCACAUGGAGGGAGACGUGUGUCCGCUGAGAAUUACUUUCGGAACUUUACUCAUGACUAUUAAGCCCAACAAAUAAGAACUGUAUGGGUUUUAAAUUGUACAUUUCCGUGGACCACUCUACUAUAAGCAGUGCGCGUUUUGCGAGGUGCAUGCAAUUCUCGGAGGACAUGCGUUUCUCGGCACAACACCGCUAACAACAACAACAACGAUCGCAAAAUGAACAACGAACAAGCGAAAACCACCGAAAAUGAAGAUUUGUUGCCAAAAAGAAAAGGAAAGUCAGUUAUCUGGAAUUAUUUCGGUUAAAAGAAGGAUGAUGUCGACCAAAACACGUCUUCUGUGUUCAUCUGUCGCCACAAUAACGUCCCAGCACAAUAAAAGCUAAAAAUAUCUCUGAGACAGACAGAAGCCGUUCUACUAACAUUCACAAAAAGAGGUAAGAUCAGUGCAGAUUAACUGUCCUCAAGAUUUCAGCAGUGCAGCAUAACAUUAAGUGCUAUUCAGGUCAUCUGGUGAAAAUUCCUGUAUUUUUAAUAUCGCAAUAUAUAUCGCAGGGUUGAAAAAAUCGCAAUAUUAUUUUUUUCCAAUAUCGUGCAGCCUUAGUUCAGGGACACGGCUGCGUUCAGGGACACCGCUGCGUUCAGGGACAGCGCUGCGUUCAGGGACACCUUUAAAUUUACUGAUUCAUGAAGAGUUUGGUCGUUUCUGAUUGACACUCACUCCCUGUCACUCAAACUUGAUUCAUGAUUUCAUAUUCAGUGAAAUAAUUAGACGGUUGUUGAUGUGGGCGGAAACGGCGUGUGUGAGCUCGUCAGUUUUCCACUAAAUCAGGUGUGUUUCCUCCUGUCUGUGUGUGUGUGUGUGUGUGCAGCAGGUUGUUAUUAAACUUUAUUCGCGCUGACAUCUGGAUCAAACCUCGGCGGCGCUGAGAUGGCGAUGAAGUCACAGGAAGUAGAAACGCUGUAAUUAGACGCUGAUCGGUUUCCAGCGGAUGAUUAUGAGGGUUUACAGAAGCUGCCGUUUUUUUGUUUUGGCUGCAGGCAGUGAACGCAGCAUCUGCUCUCAGAGUCUGUGUUUAAACCGAAGAGGGGCUGAGCGUGCCCUGAGCGUCGUCUGCAGGUUUAUGUCAGGUGACAGCAGAGCGCUCCGAGGACUGACGGCUGAUUCAGUUAAAUAUGAAGGUCGAUGAAAACAACGAGAACUUCACCAAGGACUGCUGUGAGGUCCUGGUCUCUGAAAGUCCGCCCCCCCAGACCCUCUAAAGCCCCUGUACUCUUGACUUUGUCUGUUUUUUAAAGGGUCCCUUCAGUGAGACCCUCAGACCCCUCCCCCACAUGUCGGCUCAGACUAAACAGUCAGAAAUCCGAGUGAAGACGACGCUCCGAUAGGAUCUGCCGUCAGAGUCAACACUCUUAUCAGCUCCUCCAUGAUGCCUUCAAGGACCCGUCUGCUUUCUUCAGAGCCGGAGCGUGUCCUUUAAUCUCCCAGAAUCCUCUGCAGCCUGCUGGUCCAGGGUCGCGUUCAGGCUGUGGUGCGUUUAAGGACAGUGAGAGUUUGUAGGAAAUGAAAAGUGAAGCUCAGACGGUGGAGAGUUACAGUCUCGACUUCGAACCCAGGAACUGAUGAAGGAUCAGCAGGAACCAAGAACUGGUCCAGCUGAAUCCUCUCUGUGUGUCUGAAGAACCUCUGACUCCACCUGACCCAGUAGACCGGCUGGUUUUCAGAGUGAGGUCAUGAAACAGUCAAGUUAGCACUCCUGGAUUUGUUCUGGAUUUUUCCUGGUCUUAAAGCACCUCCAGGCUCAGAGUUCCUGUUUGUCACAGUUUGUUCUUGUUCUGUCCUGGUUUUGUCCUGAAUUUGUUGUGGAUUUGUUCUGACUAUGUUCCUGUUCUGUCCUGGAUUUGUUCUGGAUUUUUUAAAGCACCUCCAGGCUCAGAGUUCCUGUUUGUCACGGUUUGUUCUGACUAUGUUCCUGUUCUGUCCUGGUUUUGAUCUGGAUUUUUACUGGAUUUGUUCUGAAUUUGUCCUGGAUUUGUUCUGGAUUUUUCCUGGUCUUAAAGCACCUCCAGGCUCAGAGUUCCUGUUUGUCACGGUUUGUUCUGGAUUUGUUCUGGAUUUGUUCUGACUAUGUUCCUGUUCUGUCCUGGUUUUGUUCUGGAUUUUUACUGGAUUUGUUCUGACUACGUUCCUGUUCUGUCCUGGAUUUGUUCUGGAUUUUUCCUGGUCUCUGAUCAGCUCCAGGAUCAGAGUUCAGGUUUUUCACGGCUUGUUCUGGUUUUUACCCGAGUCAUGUGACAGAUUCAGGUUUUAUAGUUUUCCCGUUAACGUGACCUUUGUCAGUAUUCUUCCUUGACCCCGCCCCCUCUGGUCCGCCCGUGUUUGCGCCUUUGAAGCGGCCCCUCAGACCGUCAGUCUAACCCGGACUUAUCGUCCGUGUUGUCCCUUUAACAGACUCUCAGACUCUGGAGGAAGGCCCUGCGGAGGAUCGGUAUGUCUGUUAAAACACAGGAAAUGAAAGCAGACAGAGACGGUGAACCACACGGCGUCCUGACUUGAAUCUGGGGAGGCGGGGUUUGCGGUCUGUCCCUGGCGCCUCACACCUGAGGUCCUGAUUAAUUACCUGUCUAAUGAACCUGUAAAUCAGCCAGGCUGUGCCCGGGCUGCAGACUGAAGGAUCUCUUAAAUCGAGCUUUUUCUGAGUGGAGUUUGGUGCAGCCGCUCAGUCGUAGCUUCAGCAGUGACACAGUCGACCUUUGACCCCGCUGUGAACAUUUCCUGUCCUGUGGGAAGAAAACGUCAGUGUGGGAAUUCAUCCGGACGCAGAGCAGCUCCUGACCUCGGAGGAGACUCAGUGUGUGUGUGUGUGUGUGUGUGUGUGUGUGUGUGGGACCUGUCCUGCUGGGACUCCUGAUUUGUUUUGUGCAGGAAGUGAUUGAAGGCCUGAGGGGAGCUGAGGGGGAUCUGGGGGGGUCCGAGGAGGGGGGGGGGUUCUAUUAUUACAGAGUCUGUGAACGAGCGGAGCGGCAUUACAGGGACAAGCAGAUGCAUGCAGGGUAAUUUUAGCUCGGCUGAGGCAGAGGAGGAGGAGGAGGAGGGUAAGAAGAAGUGAGUGAAACACACGGAGGGUAAACAGAUAAUUAGGCUGCAGAGAGAUUGAUGUUGGUCCUGAAACCUGAUCAGCUGGUCUUUGUUCUUCUGCUCCACCUGAGACCCGGGACCCAGACUCGCACCUUCACCUUCACCUGGAGCUGCACAGACUCCGCCUUCAACAGUGAUGUAACUGUGGGCCUUAACAGCUGGUUAAAAACCCUCAUCAUGACAUCACAGAGGGGAGUGGCCAGAGUGAAAUAUUUGCCAACCAAACUCCAUUCAUAAAAGUUUGAAUUUAAAGGAGUCGUCCUGACAAAUCCUGGAAUAAGACUUUUUAUAAACCGUUCAGUCUGAACAUGAUGACAUCAGUCGGGUCGGUUUAUUCUGGACUGAUCCAGUAAAACUCAGACUUAGUCCUGGUCCUUUAACGAGAAACCUUUAGCUGGGGUCCAUCAGAGAAAUCCUGACUCUGAUCCGGACUUACAGAUAAAUAAAACUGGGACCUGGUUCACCUCAGUCAGCUGGGGUUCAGUCCACAUGAAGCCCUCUGAGAUGUUGGUCUGAUUCUGAACCAGCAGUUCUCAACUGGUCUCACUCUGGGAUCCAAAUUUUCCCAUGGUCCUUCAGUCGUGACCCACUUUUAUAAAAUUCAAACCAAGAAAAUAAUUUCUUAUAAAAAAAAAAAUGUUAAAAAAAAUUAAAACUUUAACAUAAAUACACUUUUUUUUUUGAGUAAAGUUCAUUUCAGAGCGCAUGAACUGAGGACGACAACUACCGAAGUUUCGUGUACAGAAAAUAUCAAAACGCUCAAAAUGGAGCAAAAUGAAAAAUGUGACUUAUUUGGAUUUCUGCAUUCAGAGCAGAUUCAGAAGAACCCCAGGAGGACCACGACAUAACGUGUGCCUUUCAAAAUAAGCUAUUUUUCAAAAUAAAAGACAUGUCAAACAUCAGAUGUACAUUAAAUAUUUACUUUUUUGACCAGCUGUUUGUGACCAUCCAGAACGUGUCUGCGACCCACUUUUGGGUCUGGACCCACCAGUUGAGAAGCACUGGUUUAAACCUGUGUGUUUGGAGCAGACCUCCAUGUUUGUCUGAUUUUUAAUAUCCGUGUCUCGGGUUUGUGCGUCUCUGGCUGUUUUAUCAGAUGAGUAUUUCACAGGUCGCGGCGUGCUGAGCGGUUGUUCUCCUGAUGGUCUCCAGCGGAGCUCCGUAAACAGCCUGCAGACACAGUCUGAGUCAGACGAGCUGGCAGACGCUCCGACACCAAACACAGAGUUUGGUUUAUAGAGACAGACCUCGGCUUAAUGACUCGGUAUUUGUCGAACAGUAAACGGCGUUCGGCUCUUUAAGGUGGUACGAGUAGAUUAAUCUUUGAUCUCCUCACGCCGUCUUAAGUUUCAAAGCGGCGAGCUCGACAAUCAGCGGUCCAUCUGUGUUUCCUCUUCUUCAGUGUCAGACUGAGGCCGUCUGCAGUCUGACUCAUUCAGGUUCAGGUUGUUUGUGUCUGCGCAGAAACGCCGCUCUGAUGUGGGUUUGAUUUGUUGAAACAGACGCUCUCUUCUCUUCGCUCUGAUGUCCUCCACGACCGUCUGCUCACCCCGAAAACUCACAUUUCUGCUCCUUUAUUGGACAUUUUUGCUCCCAAAGGCAGGAAGACCUCCAGCAGCUCAGGUUCAGGUUCAGCUUCCUGACAGACAGAGACCGGGGCGCAGAAGCACCAGGCGGAGGACUGCUGGUCAUGUGAGGUGGGGCUGUUUGGCGUCUGAUCCAGCAGAGGGCGUUUGGUCGUAACCCGACCGUCGAAUGACGAGGGCUGCAAAAUUCUGUGAAUUUUCAAAGUCGGAAACUUUAGUGAGAAUUAACGUUGAGGCCACACCCCCUACAUGCUCUGUAAAUAUAUUUGAUCUAUAAUAGUUUUAAUAUUUAAAUAAAAAUCGGUGCUAAAAGUUAUUUUUCAUUUCAUUAACCCUUUAAGGGUCGAGUUUAUUCUGGUGGUGGAAGUUUCCUCAGAUGCUGUUUCUUCAGACUCCUGACAGACGGUUUUCUUUAACCAAUCAAUCAUUUUAUCAAUUAUCAUCAAUAAUAAAUAUUUUAAAGACCAUUCCAGCUGUUUAGCCGACUAUAUUUCUGUUACAUUUAUGUUUGAAGAUGACACCGUUUCUUUAAAUUACCCUCAAUUUCCAGUUAAUUCCCAAAAUUCCCACAGAAAGUAUCUGACUUUGAAUAUUUCCUAAACUCUCCAGUUUAACUUUCCUGGAAAGUUCCUGGAAAGUUUCUGGAAAUGUUCUGUAAAGUUUCCGCCUUGUGACCUUCGUCGUAACCCGACUGUCGAACGACACUCUUGACCUCGAUGGGAUCAAAGCGGAUAGAUCAGCUGUACUGAGAGGUGCAUCAUGGGAAAUGUAGGAUCUGGUGUUUUCACUCGAACAGGCCGAUCUGCUUGAUGAGGAUGAGACAGGAUUUGACCCUCAGGGAGACCCCCUAAAACGGGGACUUUGAGGGUCUGAGGAGGUCUGGUGUCCCACCUGAGGGACGAAAGUCAAGGUUCAGGUCUUGGUGGACUCUCUGGUCCUCCUUGUGACUCUUUGACUCCUCACUCUGGUUUUUGUUCCUGCAGCUGUGGGGUCUGUUGGGGGUCUGUUGGGGGUGGUUUUUGGGGGUGGGUCUGCGUCCUGCUGACUCUCUUUGUCUCCGAUAACGACGAUGGUUCCUCGUUUGUUCCUGACGUCCCGGUGUGGUGACGACUGUGGGCGGGGUGUCGUCUUCUUCUUUGGUGGUCUCUGCUGUUAACUGCUCAGUAAAUAAGGAGGUGAAGAGUCUGUGAGGGAGGGGCCGGGGGGGCCGGGGAGGGGGCCGAGGGGGGGGGCCGAGGGGGGGGGGGCGAGGGCUGAUUAGAUCUUCACUGCUGAGCCGGUCUGAUGGGAAUCUGGCUCCGGGUUAUUUUGGGCUUAAGGUGGACUCUGGAGGGUUAAAGAAUCUGAAACCAGAACUUUAGGACCGACUCAGACAGGAGAACCGGGUCUUCAGUUUAAACCGGGUCAGGUCUGUGAAUGAGUGAAUGAUGAGAGGAUGAGAGGAUGAGUCCUUUCACAAUAACCCUCCACCUCCUCCUUCACUCCCUUCCUGCCAAAAACACUUAAUUGGAAAUCCCCUAACAGACACACACACACACACACACACACACACACACACACACACACACACACACACACACACAGACAUACAGACACACACAUUCAGUAGAACUUUUUUCUUCCUUCGGCCAAAAACAGUUUUUGUUUUUCCUCCUGAACUUUCUGAAGAUUCUGCAGGUCGACCCGUCUCUGUCCUGAUCCGACUGGACCUCCUCACAGGACCUCCUGCUCCUGGACCCAAAAUCAGGUUUUAGAGUCAAAGAGGAGGAGGUUUCAGUUCGAUUUAUCGUCUUUCAGACUCUUUAUCACCUGAAGCUCUUAUCAAUCCUGGAGACAUGUGUCUCUCUCUCUCUCUCUCCCUUUCUCUCUCUCUCUCUCUUGCACACACACACACACCACCCUGCCCUCCAGCUCUGCCACCUUAAUCUCCUCUUGUCCAAUCAGAGCGCUCGGUUCGGCGGCUGCUCUGUUUAUCAAACAGAGGGAAAGAUGGCGGUGAUAUCAGCGGCAUCAUCCUGCAGACGCUCCACUGAGCGCGCUCACAAUGGGCCUCUCUCACUGCUCUCUGUUAUUGUUAACACUCAGCUGAGAGAGUGUGAGAGAGAGGGAGGUCAGACCUACACACACAACACACACACACACACACACACACACACACACACACACACACACACACACACACACACACAGUCUGAAUGUGAAGGUGUGAGUGCAGACAGGUUUGAUUCAUAAAGAUAAUCAGGGAUUCAUGUGAGGCGUUCAGGGACAUGUGUGGAGUGAGUGAAUAUAAACGCGUUAAAAGGAUAUUCCAUUAAACCCACCGUAACACUGAGUUAGACCCCCCCUCCAGAGAUGAAUGUUGUCGACCGCUUCCUUCUCUAGUUAUACCAACUUUAGUAACGACCGCAGGAUAGAAAUACAGAGAGCCACGCCCCCAACCAAAACGCCACUCUAUAGCCACAAAUAAUGCUCAGAACAGCACCUAACUUCAUCAACAGGACAUAUAGGGUCACAGACAUAGUACUAUAUUCAGAGUUGUUCUGACUCCUAAGAAAACAAACUUAAGCGGGGCGUUUCUCCACUUCUGUAGUCUAUAAGCUGGGCCAAUAAACUUCUACUGUAGUAAAAUGAAAAGGUAAAGGUGUUUUUAUUGAGCCGAAUUAUCAAUAAAAUCAUGAUUUUGUUAACAGGUAUAGAUUUAUGUGCUGUUGAGUUAAUAUAUGUGAACAAGAGCACAGUAAAGUUAAAUCAGAUAAUUUUCCAAUGAGGUUCUGUUACUAAACGGAACUACAUCAUGAUCUACUGAGGUUUGUACAUAUAGGGUCACAGACAUAGUACUAGUCACCAAACAUCUUUUUAACUUUAGCAAAGAGACUAAACACAACUCACCUACUCUCUUCCAGAGAGACCAGUCCAUUACAGACUACAGCGGGGUGCCGCAGCUCAAGGAAGAACAUUUAUGAUCAUUUCUUCAUGGAAAUACAAUCAGACCGAGACGCUAAGACAGAAGAACUACCGCGUCUGAAAAUGAUUAAUAUGGUGAUUAUUACUUCAAGGAAAUGAUCAUAAAUGUUCUUCCUUGAGCUGCGGCACCCCGCUGUAGUCUGUAAUGGACUGGCCUGAGGUCUCGCUACAAACAAAUGGUAUGAAUAAGUAUGAAUGAUGAGGCGUUCAGGUACAGAUCUUUACAGUAGGAAUAAUGAGGCUGAAGGUGAUAGAACUCACUAUGGGAGUAAAGAGUUGUUUUGACACUUGUGUAUUCGGAUCGUGAUGUGUUCAGGUGCAUCGACUGUUGAAAUGUAAAUGGUAAAUAAAUGAUGAGGCGUUCAGGGACCGUAGUUAUUUACACUGAGACCAGUUGGAGUAAUUCGAGGCCUUCAGGAGCACAUGGAGUUCAAAAACGAGGCGUUCAGGUGUGUGUGGUAAAUGUCUGUUAUCGUGUUCAGGUGGAUGUGAGUCCAGAGGGCUGCUCCUGUGUAGAAAACAAACACACCUUAGUGGCGUUCAGGUGCAUUCCUCUCUUUAGGAGCAGGUUACAGAUUAACUCUGAGUGAAUGAGUAACAGUGUGACCCAGUUUAAACUCUGACACACACACACACACACACACACACACACACACACACACACACACACACACACACACACACACACACACACACACACACACACACACAGAGUUUUCAGGUUAAAACAGAGUAAUGAGGAUUAUCUCAGAUUAUCUCAUGUCUCUCUCUGAAGUGUCGUGGAGCUCAGGGCUCUGACGGCGGUGACCUCUGACCUCUCAUGGCGUGUUCAGGUCCAGGUCCAGGUCCAGGUCCAGAACGGUGUUUCAUGUUUGGAGUGUAAAGUCGCUGCAUUCCUCACAUUCCUCCUCCUCCUCCUCCUCCUCCUCCGCUCGUUCACUCGUUCACUCGUUUUUAUCUCUGCCUGGGUUCAGCCUGGUGACCUUUGACCUCUGCACCUGCAGGCAGAGGAGCGAGCUCUCUGAGGAUCCCACACAGUCCCGGUUCACUGGUUCACGGUGCCGGUCUGGACUCUGUUCUGAUCAAAGCGGGUCAGUGAAGGCCUCACGGAUCUGUUCGGAUCAGCUGAUCGAUCCUCCAGACUGGGUCCAAACUGGAGUUCUGACUCUGUGGGUUUGAAGGGACCAGUUCACAGGUUCUGUUGUUGUGAUGAUCCGGUUUGAUCCGGUUUGUCUCUCUCAGUUCUGAGCAGUAAAUUCUGGUUCUGAGCGGAUCAGUGGAGAUUUUUGAAACCUGAUGAGUCAGCAGAAACUCUGACUUCUCUUUAAAGUGAAAAACUUUUUUAGGAUAUUUCUGGUAUAAUCCGGUCUCCGUAUCAGGAUAUAUCCGGAAUAAUCAGAGUAAUCUGGUCUUUCUGUUUUUUAGGAUAUUUUUGGUAAAAUUCAGUCUCUGUCCCCCUUUUUUUUUUUUUUGAAAUAUUUCCGGUAUAAUCUAGUCUCUCCCUAUUUUGAGGGUAUUUCCAGUAUAAUCCAGUCUCUCUUUCCCUCUUUUUUGGAACAUCUCCAAUAUAAUCUAGUCUCUCUCUUUUUGGGAAUAUUUCCAGUAAAAUUCAGUCUCUCUUUUUUUGGGGGUAUUUUUCGGUUUUAUUCUUUUUUGGAAUAUUUCUGGUAUUAUCUGGUCUCACUCUCUUUUUUUUUUAGGAUUAUUCAGGUAUAAUCCGGUCUCUCUCCCGCUCUCUUUUUUUAGGAUUAUUCAGGUAUAAUCCGGUCUCUCUCUCUCCCUCUCUUUUUUAGGAUUAUUCAGGUAUAAUCCGGUCUCCCUCUCUCCCCCUCUGUUUUGUCUGCCCCUCCCACUCUGUGCGUGUGCGGACUGUUCGUCAGAUGAUGGCGGUUUGUGCGGCUGAACUCGCUCAGAAUAAUCCGAUUACCGUGCUUCGUGUACAGACACAGUGGGGGCUGUGUGUUCGCCGUGACCUUUGACCCCCUCUCGGUACCUGCCGCUCUCCUGACACCGCCGCAGGCUGCGGCUCGCUCGCUGCAGAAGAUGUUUUCAGUCGGGCGGGCGGACGGAUGGACGGAGGCGGCGGCGGCGCGCUCGUGCCCACACGCUCAGGAGUCAAAGCGCUCAUUGUUUCCUCCUGGAGAAGAAUGCGAUGAGGUCAUGGGAGGAAAUUUAAUUGGACCGUGCUGCGAGCCGCGAGGGCGUUCCCCCCUAAUGGACCUUCAAACCCCCCCUCAGCCUCCUCCCGACCCUCAGGCCGACCCCGAGGCUCUCCGCUCCGGCGAGAAGAUUCAGAGGAAUGUAAAAGUUCAGUCAGCGUGAGCGGAAACACCUGAAACAUGUCAGACCUCGACUGAUCAAACACCGAUCAAUGAUAUCGAUUAUCCUGUUGAUCAAUAAAGUUUCCUUUUUCAUUUUCAAACAAAUCCACGUCUCUCUGCUGUGAUGAAGGAUUAUCUCGACUUCAGGUUUAUUAGAUCGACUAACGAUCGUUAACUCUGACUUUAAUCAAAUUAUUGAUCAAUAAAACACGUCAAUAAUCGUUAUUAAAUUCGAUAGAAGGAGGAAGCAGACGCUCAUUAUCAUGACAGCAGACGUCUUCAGGUAGUGAUGGAAGAUCAGGUCUUUUGACUGAAUCUUUAGAAUCAGUUCAUUAAAACGAUUCGUUCAAAAGAUUCGUUCACUGAAUCAGUCAGUGUUUCGGAGCCCCGCCCUGUCGCUGCAGUAAAACCAGUGAGUGACACAGCAGCGAGUUCGUUCAUUGGCCCCUCCCCUCCCCUGCUGAUGGAGUCACAGCGUCGUUCUCUGGGUGACUCGUGUCGUUCACGAGGAUUCAGAGACUUUUAAAGAUAUCAAAUAUCGAAUCACGAGACUCCGCCCACUUGCUCGCUCAUUGGCUGUGUGUCGUUCUUCAAAGAGUCAAAGGCGUCAGUUCCACUCCUGACCGACACGUCAGGCUGAGCUCAACUGACCAGAGAAAAGAACCAAUCAGGUCUGAGAGUGAUUCAGUUCAGGUCGUUCACUCAGCUGCUCUUUUGAACGAAUCGUUCAUGAACGACACAAACACUCCUCCAGGUCUACAGACACUGAUCCAUGAUGACAGACAGACGGGGUUCUGAUCCAGACUCAGUACAGGAUCAGGGAGUAAACAGACCCGUGUAGAGAUCUGGACCUCGUGUGUUCGGUUCUUUAAAGGUUCUCGGUUCUGAGCUCGUGUCUGACGAUGUUCUCCGCUGAAGUCCGUGUCCGUCCUCCUCCUGUCAGGACUGGAGUCGCCUUUUUAUCCUCUUUCUGGUCAGAGGUCAAAGGUCAGGUCAGGACAUGUUACCUGUUGUGAUUUCUGCGAGUAUGAAGUCUUUAGUAGAUGUCAGAGCAGCUGCAGAGCCUCCUCCUCCUCCUCCUCCUCCUCCUCCUCGUCAAGGACGUCCUCCUCGUUACUGUCUCUCCAUGAAGACAAACAUCUGUGAUAACAGAGACGAAAUCUGGAGGACAGGAGCGUGGGUCGAACUGUAUUUAUUAAACAUCGGAGGAGGAGGAGGAGGAGGAGGAGGAGGAGGAGGAGGAGGUCCACACAGAGAGAGAGAGAGAGACCUUCAGACAGAGUCUAAUCUGGUUUGUAGGAUCAGGAUCUUCUGGUGGAGCCGGUCUUUAUCAGACGCUCUGGUCUCUGAGGUUUAGUCCUCCUACAGGUCCGGACUCGUCUCUGUGACGAGUCUCUGCAGGUCUGAUGGACGCGAGGAAGCUGGAGCGAGGAGGAAGACGAGGGUUCAGACGAAGACGAAGCAGACUAGAUUAGUGUGCUGUGACCUUUGACCUUUAAGACCCUCAAAUAAACUCUGAGAGUGAAACAGAAAAACCUUCAACUGACCUUUAUCUCUCUCUCUCUCUCUCUCCUCUCUCUCUCCCUCUCUCUCUCUCUCUCUCUCUCUCUCUCUCUCUCUCUCUCUCUCUCUCUCUCUCUCUCUCUCUCUCUCUCUCUCUCUCUCUCUCUCCCUCUCUCUCUCUCUCUCUCUCUCUCUCUCUCACCCUCUCCCGCUCUCUCUCUCUCUCCUCUCUUCUCUCUCUCUCUCCCCUCGUUCGUCCCUCAGUCCUCGGCGUCACUCUGCCCGGCGGAAACACAUUCCAGCCGGUUCACUCCCGCCGUCACCGCGCUCGCUCGCCCCUCCCCCCUCCUCCUCUCUCUUUUCAUGUUCAGACCUGAGUCCGGCCCCCCUGAGUCCGGCCCCCCUGAGGAGAGUCUCCCGGGGUCAGCGCUCCACAAUAGUCGGGUUAGCGCCGCUUAAAGCCAAACGGGCUAAUUGAGGAGGUCGGCGUUUGUUUCUGAGCGGGGAGGUGGGUCCAGGAGGGUCCUAACGGGAUCUUAGACCUGCAGAGAGAAAAGAAAGAGGAAGAAAGGCGGUUUGGUUCCUUUAACGGUCCAGUUCGCAGUUUUUAACCCGGAGAGACGGGUUCAGAUUUCUUCUUCUCUGGUCCUAAAAAAGGAAACUUCCUCUGAGUUCAUCAGGAUGUUUCUGAAGUUCAUGUUGAUGUUGGAGAUGUCAGGGAGUCCAGAACCAAACCUCAUUGAAAAAACAGGCGAUUUAAAAACUGUCAGCCUGACAAAUCCUGGACUUUAUCCUGUCAGCAUCUUUUCAGCCGGUCACAGUCGAACCUGAGCGGGUCAGAUUUAGCCCUGAGUUUUGUCUGCAGUGAAGACACCUGUUGGUUCAGGUGGAUCAGAGUCAGGAGCAGGUCUUGUUUGGGUCUUGUUCUGAUCUUGUUCAGAGCUUGUUCAGGUCUUGUUCAGAUCUUGUUCCAAGCUUGUUCAGGUCUUGUUCAGGUCUUGUUCAGGUCUUGUUCAGGUCUUGUUUGUUCAGGUCUUGUUCAGAUCUUGUUCAGAUCUUGUUCAGGUCUUGUUCAGGUCUUGUUCAGGUCUUGUUCAGGUCUUGUUCAGGUCUUGAUCUUGUUCAGAUCUUGUUCAGGUCUUGAUCUUGUUCUGAUCUUGUUCAGGUCUUGUUCAGGUCUUGUUCAGGUCUUGUUUAGAUCUUGUUCAGGUCUUGUUCAGGUCUUGAUCUUGUUCAGGUCUUGAUCUUGUUCAGGUCUUGUUCAGGACUUGUUCAGAUCUUGUUCAGGUCUUGAUCUUGUUCAGAUCUUGUUCUGAUCUUGUUCAGGUCUUGUUUAGAUCUUUUUCGGGUCUUGUUCAGGUCUUGUCCAGGUUUUGUUCAGGUCUUGUUCAGAUCUUGUUCAGGUCUUAUUCAGGUCUUGUUCAGGUCUUGUUUAGAUCUUUUUCGGGUCUUGUUCAGGUCUUGUCCAGGUCUUGUUCAGGUCUUGAUCUUGUUCAGAUCUUGUUCAGGUCUUUUAUUUUGAUAGAUCUGUUUGUAAGUCUGCGUCACACUGGGGUGUUCUGGUCUGGGUCCGCCCCCCCAGGACUGCUGGGAUGUUUCAGAUCUGACUCAGACUCGGGGCUGUCCUCUGUCGUCAUGGCGAUGGGAACAGCGUCCUCUUUGUCUGAGCGGAUCCUUUAGAUUCUUCUUCUCUUCAAUACGAGGAUUGUUUCUGAGGAAGAGACCGUCACGUUCAGACGCCUCAGAGCGCUUUACUCUGAAGUUACAGUCAUCGCCAUGCUGAGCUCUGAUUGGUCAGUCCUGAUGUUGACGCCAUGAUUGGACGCUCAUCUUCUGCUCUGACUUUUUUUGUCACUGUAAUGAUUCGAGGAUUUUCACACACAUGCUCUCCUGAAAACUGAAAUAAUUCCUGAUAACUGACUUUGAUUUUGUUUUGUCUUCUUCUUCGCUGGUUUUCUCUCGUUCGUUUCAUUCUCGGCGUUUCUCAGAACAACAUCGUCAGUGUCAGCGACUCACUCCACGAGCAGGGGCGUGGUUUCCUCCUCUGAUUUUGAUUGACAGCUGGUAGGGUAGUCUGAAUGUGAUUGGUGGAUCACUGCAGAGUCACCUGCAGAGUAUGUCAGUCAGAGUUUAUUCUCCUCCAACAUCACAGGCUCUGACAUGUGACUAUCACGCACACGUACGUCGCCAUGACGAUGAUCAAACGAUAUGUCGUGCAGGCCUACUCUGUCGUGGUCUAAAUGAAGACGGGAGACCUGGAGGGUCUGUAGUUUGUGUCCCAGCAGUCACCUUGGCUCGGCUCCGGCUCCUUUUGUCCCUCUUGUCCCCUUCGUCCCCCUCGUCCCGGUCUGGGCUCUGACAGGGUCUUUUGUGAGGAUCUGGAGGCGUGUUUUUUUUUAAAGAGACGUCGGUGACAGAGCCGGAUCCUGCCGGCUGGUGUCCGUCCUCCUCCUCCUCCUCCUCCUCCUCCGGAUCUUUGAAGCGGGUCCAGGAAAGACUCAGGAGGGAGGAUUUCAGCGUGAAGAUCACAGAUGUUCACCAUCACGUCUGAGUGAAGCUCCUCAAGAGUCUUUUGUUCUGAGGGUCCAGAGAGACCCCGACACUUCCUGGUCAACAUCCACACAGCUGAGACCCAGCAGAGACCUGAUAACAGGUCUACAGGAUCCACCCGGGACCCGGCUCUGACCCGGUCUGAGCUUUAAUAAGGAACUUUAAUUUGAUUUCCUGUUUUGAAUUUCUCUGUCGCCUCAUCUGGGGAUCUCUCAGGUCCUGGACUUCUUAAGACCUGGACUUGGACUGGACCAGGGUCAGUUUUAGACUUUGUUGGGGUCAGUUCAGGUUCGAGUCUUAGCGUGUCAAAACGAGUUCGAUUUAAUCUGGAUGAGAAGAAAAGAAAAAAGGACAACGAUCGACAAACUUUAGACAAACUUUGGACAAAGUUUUUUUAAACAAAAUUUUUUAUAAACUUUUUAACAACCAAUUUUUUUUACAAAAUUUAUACAUUUUUUUACAAACCUUUUUGCAAAUUUUUGACAAACUUUUUAAUAAACUUUUUAUGUUCUCUUUUUACAAAAUUUUACAAACUUUUUACAAACAUUUUUCACAAACUUUUUUUUUUACAAACAUUUUUUUUCAAACUUUUUAUCAAACUUUGAACAAACGUAGACAGUUUUAUUUCUGGUCUAACUCUAACCCUCUGAGGAGAUGUCGGAGUCUGAACUUGUUGACGUUUUUUCAUCAGCUGUUUGGAAAUCAAAAACGAUCAAUAACUGUGAAACUGUCCCGCAGUACGAGUCUGAAAUGAUGUUCAGAUUUGUUGAGAUGGUCACGCGUGUUCAUGUCUCUCUUCUCUGUGAUGAAGUGAUCAAAGUGAAUUUCAGACAAAAUCAAUAAUCAAUAAUUUCCUCCUCAGUUUGAAUCAGUUUCAGUGAAUCAUCUCCACCUGAAGCUUCUUAUUAACCUUCAGCUGAAGAGUUCAUCACACACACACACACACACACACACACACACACACACACACACACACACACACACACACACACACACACACACACACACACACACACACACACACACACACACACUCACACUCACACUCACACACACACACACACACACACACACACACACACACACACACACACACACACACACACACACACACACACACACACACUCACACACUCUCUCUCAGAGUGGGGGUGGAGGAGGAAGUCGGUGUGUUUGCUCUCUCUCUCUCUCUCUCUCUCUCUCUUCAUUGUUUCCUGUAAUAAGCUCCUCGCUCUUUGUGGCCCCUCCCCCUCGCUCCUAUCAGCUGCUUCACCUUUAUUUGUCGUCGACACAGAGGGGCCCCCCGGGGGGCCGGGGCCCCUGUCAGCGUCUGUUUACAGAACAGAUUCUUUGGCUGAGCAAACAGCCGUACCCCUCGCCGCCCGGCUCAAACAUGGCGGCCUUCCUUCACACGCUGACUGACGGCUCCUGGAACAUCCAGCCGCCCGCUCGCCGGCGUGCCCGGACUCGCCAAGUAUGCAGCGAGCAGAGCGACCGGAGACCCCGCAGCCCCCCGAGUGUCAGGAGUUAAAGGACCAGAGCGCUGCUGCUGCUGCGGCUGCAUGUUCAAACCUCACCUCACAUUCCUGCUCGCCGCCUCCAAACCCUCGUUCUUAGAGAGACUCAGAGCAGACGCCGCCAACGCCACUUCCUGUUAGUUUCCAGGAAAACCUGGGCUAAACUUUCUGCUGAACGCCGUCCAUCAGAGAGAGAGUUUAGGAGAGUUUACGACAAACUCAGAGUCUGGUUUCUGUCUCUGAACAUAAACCUGGACUGGGUCUGGAGGAGGGUCUAGACUGAGUCUGUGAACAGCCAAUCAGGAGAGAGAACUGUAGCGUCCGGGUCAGUUUGGUGAUGACCGCGUGACGGUUUUAUUGAGAGCGUGAAUCUUGAUGAACGGGCAGGAAUAAGGAGAGAAGUUUAAGAGUCCGCUGAAGGAUCAGGAGGAAGAUUUUACUGGAACUCUGUGAAGAACUGUUCGAGUUUUCACUUUAAAAUAUCGGAAUUAAAAUAUCGGACUUUAAAAUAUCCGACUUUGAAAUGUCCGACUUUAAAUAUCGGAGUCCAAAAUAUUAGAUUUUAAAUGAUCAGACUUUAAAAUGUCGAACUUUGAAAUAUCCGAAAUUUAAAAUAUCGGAGUUUAAAUAUCAGACUUUGAAAUAUCCGCCUAUAAAAUAUCAGCAUUUAAAAUAUCAGACUCAUGUUAUCGGACUAAAAAUAUCCGACAUAAAACAUCGGACUUUAAAAUAUCGCUUUAAUAUAUCGGACUAUAAAAUCUCCGUCUCUCUGAUUCAUGACAAAUGCGUGUUUCUCUUUCAGACUUCAUGUGAAUGUUAACGUCUGUGUUUGUGUUUCCUCUUCCUCCUCCUCCUCCUCCUCUUCCUCCUCCUCUUCCUCCUCCUCUUCCUCCUCCUCCUCCUCCUCCUCAGGUAAGGCCUUCGACAUCACCUACGUCCGGCUCAAGUUCCACACCAGCCGCCCGGAGAGCUUCGCCAUCUACAAGCGUACGAGCGAGGGCGGCCCCUGGGUGCCGUACCAGUACUACAGCGGCUCCUGCGAGAAGACGUACCAGAAGGCGAACCGCGGCUUCAUCCGCACCGGCGAGGACGAGCAGCAGGCGCUCUGCACCGACGACUUCAGCGACAUCUCGCCGCUCACCGGAGGAAACGUGGCGUUCUCUACGCUGGAGGGACGACCCAGCGCCUACAACUUCGACUUCAGCCCCGUCCUCCAGGUGAGAGGUCACACAGGUCCUGAAAACAACAAACAAACAAAAACAGGAGAAGAAGAGUGAGAGUGAAGAGUUUAUAAUCCAGAGAAGAAGAGGAGGAGGAGGAGGAGGAGGAGGAGGAGGAGAGGAGGAGGAGGAGGAGGAGGAGGAGGAGGAGGAGGAGGAGGAGGAGGAUGGCGGUGAAAGCAGAAACUGUGGGUCACAUGACGAGGGUCUAAAGAGAGCGGGGCCGUCUCUGUUUUUAGCUUCAGAUCAGGGUGUCUCUGUCUGAUCCAGGAGGACAGUCUGCUCUUGUUCAGGUCCUGGUCUCUGCUCUAGUCCAGCUGUCAGGGUUUAUAAUGAGACCUGAAGAGAGAGAGAGAGAGAGAGAGAGAGAGAGAGAGAGAGAGAGGGAGAGGGAGAGGGAGAGGGAGAGAGGGAGGGAGAGAGGGAGGGAGAGAGAGAGAGAGAGAGAGAGAGAGAGAGAGAGAGAGAGAGGGUUCCUGCAGCUGACACUAUUUCAAAAUAAAAGCACGGAGAGUGAACAGGAAGAGCCUCUGAGGAAGGACGGGGCGAUUUGGUAAAAGAAAAGAUCACGAUAUAUUUUGUCGUAUCGUCCGAUCUCGAUUAUUAUCACGAUUUUUUCAUUUAAACUGUCAGUUUUAAAGCAUCUGUACAAAAAAAAACUAAAUAAACAAGAGAUUAGUUCAACAUUUAAUUCACAUAUUUUUAACCCAAAAUAAAGAUUCCGGUGGUUAAAGAGUUUAGUUAAAAUAAAGAUUUAUAAUAAAUAUAAAUAUAGUGAAGAUCUACUGUAGACUACUGCUCUACAGACCGACAGGAAGACCGACUGAUCAAACUCAGACCAGGAAAGUGUUUUCAUCCUACAGAAGUGAGCAGGAAAAGCUCGACUCUGAUUGGCUGUUGUGACGCACAUUUCCGCCAUGUUUGAUCGAGUAAAUAUGCUCACAGCUGAUCACUGUGAUCGAACUGAAAUUGAUCAUGAUCAUUAAUCUUGCGGUCCUCCUCUCAGAUCUUCUCAUCUGUGACUCAAACUGAAGUCCAGAUUCUUGUUAAAGCUGUACAGACACAAACCAGGACCCUGCCGGACUAAACCCGGACCCCCAAGAGCAGAUUUGACAUUUUUCAGCAGAACUGAACCUGCUCAUGAAGAUUAAGACUCCUGUGAUGGUGGUUAUUUUCCCAGCAUCCCUUUCUGCAGCUCAGGUUGCAGGUGUGAAGCUGCCAAGUGUUGCCUGGUGACGCCCCCGAGUUUCCCACUGCAGCUCAGUUUGACUCCUCUCCUCCUCCUCUUCCUCCUCUUCCUCACUCACUUUUUUCACACACACACACACACACACACACACACACACACACACACACACACACACACACUCUCACUGCCCCCCCCCCCCAGCAUGUUUGUGUUUCCAUGUUGCUUCACUCUGAGGUUGCCUAAUCUCUGGAAAGAAAAGUCUGUUUUCAUUCUUCUCUCCUCUCUGUUUGUUGCACAAGUCUGUCUCUCUCUCUCUCUCUCUCUCUCUCUCUCUCUCUCUCUCUCUCUCUCUCUCUCUGUCUCUGUCUCUGUCUCUCUCUCUCUCUCUCCCUCUCUCUCUCUCUCUCUCUCUCUCUCUCUCUCUCUCUCUCUCUCUCUCUCUCUCUCUCUCUCUCUCUCUCUCUCUCUCUCUCUCUCUCUCUCUCUCUCUCUCUCUCUCUCUCUCUCUCUCUCUCUCUCUCUCCCUCUCCCUCUCUCUCUCUCCCUCUCUCUCUCUCUCCGUCUCUCUCUCUCCUCAUGUGGAGCUGAUUUCUCGCUCCUCUGCUCUCCAACCUGCAGAAAAAUCAUAAUUCAGAACUUUUGGAUUCAGACUCUGGCAGAACCGAUCCAGAACUUUUCCUCUGAAACAGUCUGUGGUGUGAAAUCGUCAGUUUAUUAAAGCUGUUUUAACGUAAAUAUCUGAACAUGAUCAGGAAGAACCAGAAUCCACAUUCAUACACUGUUGACCCGGGUCAGAUCAUCUGACCUCCGACCAGCUGCAGGGUUAGGCCCCGCCCUAAAAACAGCUCCUCUGAGGACCUUAAAUCAGUCCUGGAUGAUAAAGAGACGUUUGUGCAGAAUCUGCUGUUUUACUGUAAGAGAAGAAGGAUUUAUUCUGAUGUACUGAACUCUUUAACCGAACUCUAACAGAACUCUCUAACUGAACUCUCUAACAGAACUCUCUAACUGAACUCUUUAACUGAACUCACUAACUGAACUCUUUAACUGAACUCUUUAACUGAACUCUUUAACUGAACUCUCUAACUGAACUCUUUAACUGAACUCUCUAACUGAACUCUUUAACUGAACUCUUUAACUGAACUCUCUAACUGAACUCUCUAACUGAACUCUUUAACUGAACUCUCUAACUGAACUCUUUAACUGAACUCUUUAACAGAACUCUCUAACUAAACUCUUUAACUGAACUUACUAACUGAACUCUUUAACUGAACUCUCUAACUGAACUCUCUUACUGAACUCUCUAACUGAACUCUCUAACUGAACUCUCUAACUGAACUCUCUUACUGAACUCUUUAACAGAACUCUCUAACUAAAAUCUCUAACUGAACUCUCUAACUGAACUCUCUAACUGAACUCUUUAACUGAACUCUUUAACUGAACUCUCUAACUGAACUCUUUAACUGAACUCUUUAACUGAACUCUUUAACUGAACUCUUUAACCACCAAACUCUCUAACUGAACUCUUUAACUGAACUCUUUAACUGAACUCUUUAACUGAACUCUUUAACUGAACUCUUUAACUGAACUCUCUAACUGAACUCUUUAACUGAACUCUUUAACUGAACUCUCUAACUAAACUCUUUCACUGAACUCUCUAACUGAACUCUUUCACUGAACUCUCUAACUGAACUCUUUAACUGAACUCUCUAACUGAACUCUUUAACUGAACUCUCUAACUGAACUCUUUAACUGAACUCUUUAACCGAACUCUUUAACUGAACUCUCUAACUGAACUCUCUAACUGAACUCUUUAACUGAACUCUCUAACUGAACUCUUUAACUGAACUCUUUAACCGAACUCUUUAACUGAACUCUUUAACAGAACUCUUUAACUGAACUCUUUAACUGAACUCUUUAACUGAACUCUUUAACUGAACUCUCUAACUGAACUCUCUAACUGAACUCUCUAACUGAACUCUUUAACUGAACUCUUUAACUGAACUCUUUAACUGAACUCUCUAACUGAACUCUUUAACUGAACUCUUUAACUGAACUCUCUAACUGAACUCUUUAACUGAACUCUCUAACUGAACUCUCACGUGCACCAAAGUCCUGAUCUCCUCAGAUUUGAUACAGACCCAAAGAAUCCAGCUGUUCCACUCCAACAAAGCUCUGCAGAGACCUGUUCAAAGGGAAUUAUGGGUAAUCUGUGAGACUGACUCUGACUGGUACUGACUGAAUCUCGACUACAGCAACAGAACCUGUGGGUGAAUUUGAUCUGCAGCAAACCAGCUGACAAAACAAAAAAAAACACCAAAACAACCAAAAUAAAAAAUACAUGAAAACAGGAAGUUUGAAGGAGGGAUGAAAGUUUAACAUCGUGGAGGAGCUGCAGAGAGGUUUCUGCAGCUCUACAAGAUAGAUCGUAGAGCUGCAGAUGCCCCUCAUGUAGAGCCGCAGGUUCUCCUCAUAUACACUUUCUUAUUAGACCCCCUGGCCUGACAUGAAACCAGCUGAGAGUUUUUCUCCAGAGGGGCCCCUUCAUACAGAGGGUCCUGCUCUCUCUAGAGUCUCUCCAUCCUCUCCUGGUUCCUGGUUCCUCCUCUUAUCUCUGACACAUUUACUCUGGACUAAUUGUGAGUUAGAGUUUCCUGUGAUGGUGUCCUCACCCUCUCAGCCUCCAUGUAAAUGAACAGAUUUAGCCCCCCAACACACACACACACACACACACACACACACACACACACACACACACACACACACACACACACACACACACACUCAGCUGUAAACUUCCUUAUUUGACUCGUCGGCAUGAAGCUAUUUAUACUGAAGCUGUGGACUCUUCGGGGGCGUCAGACGGCUGUUUGUCGCUCUCUGACAUUCCCGCUGUCUGUCAUCUCUGAGAGGGAAAUAACCACCAGCUGAGACCCGCCACCUUAAUGGCGCUCGCUUUGGCCGCCGACCAGCUCGCACCCGUUUUAUUCUUGCGCUGCGGUUUGAAACCUUUCUGGACCAUGAGCCCUUAAAUAAAGCGGCAUGGACGUGCCGGGUCAGAUACCUGUGAGCCGAACGUAUGAAAUCACUGAUUUAAAAAAGUUGAUGAGAGGGUGAGAAGUUAGCAGGAUAUGAGAUAAAAGCCUGUGCAGCAAAGGUUCAUGGGAGUUUAAGGAACAGAGAAGGUUUGACCUGAAGAGGGAGCCGAGGUGUCUCCACCAAUGAUCUGUUUGAGGACGAUCUUCAGGUCUAUUCAGAGACAUUUCUAAAACACAGAUUCAGGAACUUUUCAGGACUGGGACCCAUCGAACUGCGCCCCCUGUAGGCAACAAUCCUCAGUCUGAAAGAGAAGAUGUUCUCGUCCAAAAUGAAGAUCUUUAAAGUGUGGAGUGAGACGUCUUUGUUUACGUCUUCAGUUUCACAGACGAUAAAACCCUCUGACUUCCUGUCGGCCUUCUCCGACCUCUCAUAAACUCAGAUUUGUACAAACAGAGGAGAAGGUCCAUGAGAAAGUCCAUGAGAAGGUCCAUGAGAAGGUCCAUGAGAAGGUCCAAGAAGGAGACAUCUCCACCUGCAGACACAAAUCAACCCUGAAAGUGAUCCUUCAGUAUCUCUGAGUGAGACACUGACCUGUCGACUUUGAGGUCCGUGGUUCCCAGGAACCUCCAGGUCGUUUGUUUCCUGUAUGAGGAAAAAGAUGCACCAAUGAUCGUGAUAAUCGAUUAAUAAUCAUGAUAAUUGUUUAAUAAUCGAACCGUCGCCUCCUGAAUCGUCAUUGGAUGUUGAGGUGACCGUGUUAGACGUGUUUUUUUAUAUCUGUAUUUUUCGCUCUCUGAACUCGCUCUUCACGGGUCACCAGGAUGACAAAGUUCCUGGGACUUACAGUAUCUGAAAGCAGGACCUGUACUGGUUCUGGUCGGGCCCCUGACAGUCGGAGUUCUUGUUCUCAGGCUGCUGCAGCUCAGCUGAAUGUUUGUGUCUCCCUGAGGAGUUUUGGAGCGUCAGCCACAAUCCUCCUCCUCCUCCAGAAAAAAACACACACAUGUGUCUCAGCUGAGAACUCGGAGAAGCUCAUGAUUGAUGGCAAACAAAUGUUCAGUGGAGUUUACUCAGUGUUGACUCAGCCCAGAACUUCAGCAGCUUCCUGGACCGGACAGUCUGAAGAGCUGCAGCUGCCGACCGGACAGACGAUAGGACGAGUUAUUCUGCAUGAAUCAUAGAGAGAGAGAGAGAGAGAGAGAGAGAGCGAGGGAAACAUGGGCGUCGCCGAGCGCAGGAAGCUUCCAGAUAAGUGACCAGCUGAGAAAGCAGCUGCAGGGAGUUUUUAACAAUGACAAUCCUUCAUGAGAGCUAAAUGUCAACCAGAAACAGGCUCUGGGCCAGAAACCGGGCCUGUCAGAGUUUGAGGAUAAACAUCCACUGAUGUGGAAGUUCAUCUGAACGCCGCUGCAGCAGGAGACGACCACGAACCUGAGCUCUGUGAACUCCAGAUUAAACUCCAGACCUCCACCUGAGGAGACAAAGAGGAGAUCUGAUCGAUACUGAUGACUUUAUUGAUCAGAGUCUCUAAAGUUUGAUCACCUUCACUGCUCUGCUGAGACUGCUGGCUUCUUAUUGGGCCUUUGAAGGUCAGCUGGUCAUAGAUACAGCCUCUGAUUGGUCAAUAGAUUAUCUGUUUAUGAAGGAUCUGUGAUCUCCUCUGUGGGUUUGAAGCUCCUGGAUGUCCCAGAGUUCAUCACUGUAAACCUGCCGGCCUCACAGAGCGAGUAGAUUUUACAUUCAUUCAUUCACCGUACUUUAUUUUUUAUGUAGAGCUGAAAUUAUAAACAACAACAGUUGUCAUGGUAACACCAGGAACAUUAUGACAUAAGAAGACCAGAGGACCCAGGACGGACCCCUGAGGAACACCAGUCAGUAUUUUCAAAGCUGGAGGACAAACCCAUAGAUAUCUAUGAGAAAGGCUAGAUGACUCUAUGAGGCGGAGUCACACACAGCGGCCAUCUUACUCCAGUACACCGUUCUGGUCCGCUCUAUGGUAGCUGACAGGAGGCGAAUAAUCGGCAUGGAGAGGCAGAAAUUUAUACUGAAAAUAUAUAUUAUAUAUGUUAUUGUUAGUUAUCCCUAUUAUGGAAAUAUUACUAAUAUAACAAACAUGAUUAAAUGUUUUAUAUAUGAAUGAUUGAAUAUAACUGUCUUGUGUGUGUAGGUCAAUAACUGUAGCUCUAUCUAUCUGUUUAAUGUUUAUUUAUGAAUGUAUGAAUGUUACAAAACAAACUGUUUAAAAAUCGGUUUAAAUUAAUCAAUCUAUAGUUAUUUAAAUGCUACCUGAACUGUAGACUGGAAUGUUAGGAGCGGGCGAGCUGCCUGAAGCAAAAUGGCCGCCAUGUGCAGACGUCAGUCUCCAUUGGCUAACAGCGUGUGUGAGACAUCUAGAAUUUGUAUAGAUAUAUCUAUGGGUACUGCUGCACUCGAGUGAGAAUGACGUCACACCCGAGUUCUCAUCGUUUCAGUUCCACAGUCGGAAAAAAGCGAAAAUCGGAGGCCUGAAACAAGAUGGCUACAGCUACGAAAGUUACUUGAACAAAUCACAUGACAUCAUGUUCUGAGGAGGAUAUGACAUCAUGUUCCACCCUCUAAAAACGACCCUCUGUUCGUUUUAGAGGCCACGCCCCUGAACAUGUAUACCUUUUACUUCUGCUCUAAGGUUUUAACAUGAGGCUCUAUGGGGGCUGACUCACAGCCUCUAGUGGACACUCUGGGAACUGUGUUUUUUGGGAUUCAGAUUUUUCCCCUCUCGAGGUUGUUUUGCUCCAUGAAGCCUCUCUUCAUGUUUCCUCUUUCUCUUUGUUGUGACCUUCUCGAUAUCGUGGGCGGGGACAGACGGGGAAUCGUUUUUCCAUGGAAGCUGUGAUCUCUGUGGGUUUCCUCUGAAAACAAAACUUCAUGUUUCAGUUGCUCUGAGUCACAGCUGAGAGAAAAAAACAACCUGUGGGUGAAUCAGAAUAAAUCUGUUCCACAUUCCCGUCAGUUACACGAGGAUUUAACAUCAGAGUGUAAAAGAAGAAGAAGAAGAGGAGGGGGCUGAAGUUUUCCUGCGUGGGACGAUUUAAGAGACCUGAGCGAGAUUCACAGAAAGACCGACUCUUCUUCUUCUUCUUCCUCUAAAUGUUUCCUCCCUCUCCAAACACGAGGGUCCGACCUGCUGCUCGCUCUGAGCUCAUGUGUGACGGACUCUAAUCAGCUGUCAGCAGAUGGUCCGGCAGACUUCCUGCUCAGGGUGGAACAGUUUCUUGGAGAGCUUUGGAGUCGCUGCUGAACCAUGAAGCAGCUUCUUCAUGUUCCUGGCAGCGUUGAGGUUCACAAGAGAAGAGAAGAGUCCCCCUCUCUGAUCCAGGUCCUGUAGAGGACUCUGGUCCAGGUCUCUGAGCCGUUUGUUUGUCUUCAAACAGCUGCUCUGAGCUCCGGCCUGAUAAUCUUCCUGCUGAUACUGAACAAAGCUAUCAGCGGCCUUCGCUCUCAGUUUCCCAUGAGCCUUUUCUCACAGGCGGGGCGUCGGGUCCGUCUUUCUCCUCGCCGAUGAUACGAGCAGGAGCAGGUGUCCGGCUGCAGUAAUGCUCUCCAGCUGCCUCUCGUCUCCACGAAGCCAAGAAAAUAAAUUCCAUUUCUCUGAAAAUGUCACAGUUUGCUGCUCUGCGUCACCGUUCCCGAGGUUUUCCCACAGUCCUGGACCCGGUUUACCGCCGGACCCGCCAAGGAACUUCAUAUCUGAGUUAUGCUGGACUCCACAUCUGUGUUUGCUUUCGCCCGCAGUCCAGAGAGGGGCUGUUGAAGUUUUGGUUUCCAGUCAAAUAUCUCCACAGACUGAUCCAGAUCACAGGUGCCCCCCUCAGGGUGAACCAGAGGAGAGCUGUUCCUCUGACUCUGGGUCCAGCGCCCCCAUCAGGCCUCAGAUCCUCUGGAUGGCGCUCUGACAUUCCCACAGGGCUCAGCUGCUCGCCCUGUUUGUUGUUCAUCAGCAGGAUGAUUGUUUUCACCUCGGCUCAGAAACAGGAUCCAGACCGUCUCAGUUCUCACACCCAACAUCUCAGACCCCAAACACACGUUAGUCCAGGAUCUACCUGAUCAGGUCUGCAGGGGAACUGUGGAUCGACCUUCUUCCUGUCACUCAGUCCGUUUACAGUCUCAGUUUAAUCAGAUUAAACUCAUAAUUCAUCUUCUUCUCUGAAUCAGACUCUCUCCUCGUCCUCGUUUACAUGCAGCUGAGAAAACUGAAUUAUUGACGUGAACUAUAAACAAAAUCUUUGAAUCAUGACUCAGCGUUUAAUUUUUGACCAAUCAGAUCCCCUGAAACAGAGGAGAGGACCUCAAACAGGAAACAGACUUUCUAACAGCUAGGCCUGUCACGAUAACAAAUUUUGCUGGACGAUAAUUGUGCUACAAAUAAUCGCCGAUAAACGAUAUUAUUGACACCGUUUUUUAAAUUAUAGAUAAUGAUAUUAUAUGGCAUAAUAAUGCGAGCACACCGUGUCAAAAGUGAUAAACUUUAAUUUCACCCACGACGAAGACGUAACGUUGACGAGCUAAACAUAAGUCGGAGAUGACUAAAAUGUGACGAGACGAAAGUGCGUUUACGUUGAUGUGGACGAGACGAAAAUGACGAACAGAGUUGCAAAACUCAGUCAGUUAAACACUAAACAUAUAGGAGCAGCUUCAGUCCGCUCUGACAGCUCUCAUCAGCCUGCUGUGCUCCUCCAACACACAGACACACACGCACGCGCGCACACACACACGUGGAGUUUUGUGGUUGACGAAAAGAAAACUGGUUUAAAGCCGAAAUAUUCCCACACUUGGGCUGUUGCGUUCGGUUUAGACACCAAAGCUGUCGUGUUCAUUCUGUUAGCUUGCUUUUCACUCACGACGCUCACUUGCAGCACUGUAUCCAAAAGUCUGUGUCUGUGUGCCUGUGCGCGCCAGCCCCCUCGUGACAAAGACACUGAAUGACUGACAGGAGGGUUCACUAACUCCGUUCAUUCCGCUAUACAGCCAACGCCCCCAGGUGCCGAGAAAAAUGCGCAGAGUGAGACCUCUUCUCUCAUCCAGCGUGUUUGGUAGCGAGAGAGGAGGAAAACAAACGCACGUCAAUUAUCGAGGCUGGCAAAGUUAUCGACCUCGUUUUUAUUUACCGAGCGAUAAGGCGAUUUAUUGAUUAUCGCGACAGGCCUAAUAACAGCUGACUCGUCAUGUCUCAUCUCACUCUGACCUCAGUCUCAGUUUCUCUCUUUAUUUUGCUCCAGCUUCAAUAAUCGUGUUUUAGAGUUAGAAUGACGUCAGCGCCUCCCUCUGAUGGAUGAAGCUGUAGAAGUAGAUCAGUUAGAGUCGGUGUGUUAAUCAUGUGAGUUAAUAGAAGAUGAUAAAAUGAUAUGAAAUGAAAAGGAGAGGUGAGGGACUCAGGUCACCAUGAGGUCAAAGGUCAAACAGAGUCAAAGAUCUGCAGCAGAUGUUUCCUCUCAUGAAGUUUCUGAAGGUGAAGAUGAAGAUUCUCCGUCCUCAGAUGAUGAACUCUCUCAUUUGUAAAGAUGAAAAUUAAACUGUUUUCAGAUUUUUGUGUUUUAGGUCAAAAUAAAGUGUUUUUGAUGAAUCUGGACUUUCCUCUCUGAAGGUUUUUCCUCUUCUUUUCUGAAUCGAGGAUUGUUCAGGAGUUAUUUUUGCUCAUCCUCGUGUCUUUGUGGUUUCUCCGAGUCCUUCAGAGUCACAUGACGCCCUGCAGCCUGACAGGCGGUCUGCAGGGUCUGUUUUGUCCCCGAUAAACGGUCCUGAUGUGUCUCUAAUGAGGCUCUUUGUUGUGUCUGUUGCAGGACUGGGUGACCGCCACCGACAUCAGAGUGACCCUGAACAGGCUCAACACGUUCGGAGACGAGGUUUUCAACGACCCCAAGGUCCUCAAGUCCUACUACUACGCCAUCUCAGACUUCGCCGUGGGGGGAAGGUAAAGUUCUGAUGAAUGAUGAAUGAUAACGGAGCGGGUCCGGUUCUGGUUCUGGAGAAGGUCUGCAGACACCUGACGCUAGGACUGGGCGAUUAUAAGAUCUAUAAGAUCGUGAUAAAUUUUAGUUCGAUCACGGUGAUCAGCUGUGAGUUUAUUUACUCGAUCAAACAUGGUGGAAGUGUGCGUGACAACAGCCAAUCAGAGUCGAGCUUUUCCUGCUCACUUCUGUUAGUUACAGGAGAAGUAAACAGGAAGUGAACAGAACGACCGAACGUGGAGCUAAACGCCAUGACUUUGAGUUAUCCUUCCAAGUUAUUCGUCAUUAUCUCCAAAGUGACGUUGAGUAAUUAAUCCGAUGUGUAAAGUAUGUCGGCGGUCGGUGCCUCAAAGAUCGGAAACACAACAGAUCAGUUUAAUUAUCAGACGAAGUUCUUCCACAGCGAUUAUGAGGAAAUCAUGAAAAUGUGGGCGGAGUCUGUACAGCCUGUCACUGCUGACGGUACGAUUAGAAUUAGCAGUGAUCAAAAUUGAUCGUUUAUCUACGUUUAAAUCAUCUAAUGUUAAAAUUUUAAGACGUCUUUAAGGCCAUUUGUUUAAUAACACUUAAUAAUUUAAUAUUUAUCGACUUUUGUUGUUCUGUUGAGUUAAAACGUUUUUUUUAAAUAUUUUUUUAAGUUUUUCUUAUUUAAUUUUCUUUAUUUUUUACUUUGUAUGUAAAUAAAAUCUUGAACUGAUCUUUAGUUUCUUCAGUUUUUAGUUCAGAUGCUUUAAAACUGACAGUUUAAAGAAAAAUCGUGAUAAUAAUCGGGAUCGGACGAUACGACAAAAUAUAUCGUGAUCUUUAUUUUUCGGAAUCGCCCGGUCCUUCGUGACCCUCAUGGUUUCAUCAGAGUCAGAGAGAGAGAGAGAGAGAGAGAGAGACCGAGAGAGAGACCGAGAGAGAGAGAGAGAGACCGAGAGAGAGAGAGACCGAGAGACCCGACCUGCUGGGGGAGGGUCAGGUGUGUUUGUGGGUCCAGGUCUUCACGUGUGACUGUGUGGUCUGCCCCUGAAUCCACAUCAGAACCCCUGUUCCCGGGUUUGGACCGGCUCCCUCUGCAGACGGAGCGGCUCUGAAAUGUGGAGCAGAUUUCCAUUACACACACGCAUUCCUCACAUUCCUGCUCGGCAGGGCGGGAUUACAGGGAGACCGGGACGGGGGCGGACCCACCGCCGUGACGGGCGGAAGAAAAGGAAGAGUCCUGAGGAGGAGGAGGAGGAGGGGUUUCUGAGGGGUCCGCUCCUCCGUCAGCUCCACCCUGAUUUACCUGAACCUGUUCACCUGAGAGCGAGGAGCUCCAGCGGCUCAGCUUCCUGCGUUUGAAGGAAACACUCUUCUCUAAACUCCGAGCCCUCUGCUGGACGGGAAACUCUUCAGCCACCAGAACAGACCGCCAACAUUCAUGGAGGCCACGCCCACUGAGCUCAACCUCCUCUUCUCCUCCAAUCAGAACAGAGCGCUGCUCACUCACUGUUUUAUUGAACACUUAAAACUCCGCUGGAUCGCCGUCGAUUCCACGUGAAACCAUGAAUAUAGUUUAGAGUUUCUCAGGAUCUAUACCGUGUUUCUCUACGGGAUGAAAACUGUUCGUUAGUUUACCGUUUUGUUGAUCUAUCGAGGGUUUCCAGACAUUUCUACACCUGCAACAAGGUUUACAGUCCAGCCUCAAAAACAGGUGUUUGAUCAGAGACGUUUGAUGGUAAAUCUACAGUGAAAACAGGAUUAUUGAUCAGAUUGUUGUGAUCGAAAAAGAUCGCUAAAUGCUGCUAAUGUCUUCCAGGUUUGACGAGCUGUUUUGAUGACGUCUUUUCCUGUCAAACUUUCGACCAAUUACACGGUCCCAUAUUCUCAGUGAACCAGAUCCUAAAGAUUCAUGAACUGCACUUCCUCCCUCAGUCAGGUCAGGUUUAUUUUAAUGUCUGUUUGAUCAGGUCCAAGCUCUUUAACUCUCAGCUUCUCCUGCAAAGAUCAGGUCCAAGCUCUUUAACCCUCAUCUUCUACUGCAAAGAUCAGGUCCAAGCUCUUUAACCCUCAUCUUCUCCUGCAAAGAUCCGGUCCAAGCUCUUUAACCCUCAUCUUCUCCUGCAAAGAUCCGGUCCAAGCUCUUUAACUCUCAUCUUCUCCUGCAAAGAUCAGGUCCAAGCUCUUUAACUCUCAUCUUCUCCUGCAAAGAUCCGGUCCAAGCUCUUUAACCCUCAUCUUCUCCUGCAAAGAUCAGGUCCAAGCUCUUUAACCCUCAUCUUCUCCUGCAAAGAUCCAGUCCAAGCUCUUUAACCCUCAUCUUCUCCUGCAAAGAUCAGGUCCAAGCUCUUUAACCCUCAUCUUCUCCUGCAAAGAUCAGGUCCAAGCUCUUUAACUCUCAGCUUCUCCUGCAAAGAUCAGGUCCAAGCUCUUUAACCCUCAUCUUCUCCUGCAAAGAUCAGGUCCAAGCUCUUUAACCCUCAUCUUCUCCUGCAAAGAUCAGGUCCAAGCUCUUUAACCCUCAUCUUCUCCUGCAAAGAUCAGGUCCAAGCUCUUUAACUCUCAGCUUCUCCUGCAAAGAUCAGGUCCAAGCUCUUUAACCCUCAUCUUCUCCUGCAAAGAUCAGGUCCAAGCUCUUUGACUCUCAUCUUUUCCUGCAAAGAUCAGGUCCAAGCUCUUUGACUCUCUUCUAUUGUUAAAUUGACGGUGGUCCUCUGUCUCAUCCCAGGAGUGGCAGAAACAACUGUAAACAGUAAAGAACACCUGUAAGAAUGAGUGUAAAUAUGUCAAUAGUUUCUGUUGUGUGUUUGUUCCAAUCCCAAUAUUUCUUCUCCUGAUAGACAAGACUUGAAGGAAUGAUGUUCAGGUGAGAAAAGGCUCGGUCACUGUAGAUUUAUGUGUUUUUAGAGAAAAGUUCUGUUGGAGCUAAUUUCUGUUUUUGUUUUUUGGUCGACUUUGUUGGUUCUGAAUCUCCUGUCACAUUUAUUUACAUCAUUUUUGCUCCAUAAACUGAAGCUGAGGUCGUCCUGAAACAAAGACGUGUUUAUAUCUGCUGUGAGUGAAGAGAUCGAGGUGAAACAUAAAAACAGGAGGACCAAAAAUAGUCAAAUAUAACUUGGAGUUCUGCGGGUUGAACUGGAGCUGAAUGAUCACCUGAUUCUGAAGCUUCAUCAGGGUCAGGAGAUCCAGACUCCCCCGUGAGUCCUUCAGAGGAGGGUGUUCCUCCAGGAGAGAAAGGGGGGCGGGAUUAUAGUCCUGUUUGUGCAGAUCCUGGUGUGUGGAGGAUCUCUGCCAACAAUCCAACAAAUCCUCAUUUCCUGAAGAGACCACACACCGAGACCUGAAUCUGUAAACAUCCACAAACCAGGUGAGCAGGGUUUUAACGCUCCUCGACUCGGUUUAAAACCUGAUAAAGAGGUCUGAGGAUCAGUCUGGAGGUGGUCUACAAAGAUCAAACCGGUCUCUGUUGAAGACAGGAGGUCAUGUGACUGUGCUGAGGUCCAGGUUCUGCAGAACCUCGGUGUUGGCGCUCGCUCUGGUGCUCCUCUCUCUCCUCACAGUCAGAUUUUCCACAGAAACACCUGAGACAAUAAGUGAAGGUGGCUGCAGAGCAAGUCCGGUCCUGCUCAGAGGGGUUCUGUCCCCCCGACAGGAAGUCUAACAAAACCUUGGCUCAGAGCCGCUGAGAGGAAAACCUGGAUCAGAGGAAAACCACGAUCAGAGCACAAACAAGAACUCCAGACUGUCCUGAGUCCCGCUGUUUCUGUUUCUGACUGAGCACGUGCAGAGAGGGGGUUACCGUGGAAACACAGCUGAUUGUUAACGAUAAAAAAAUAAAACCUCGACACUGUCCGAGUUUCUCCGGUCUAACAGGUGUGUGUGUGUCUCUGUCCCCUCAGGUGUAAAUGUAACGGCCACGCCAGCGAGUGUCUGAAGAACGGCGGCGGGCGUCUGGUGUGUCACUGCAAACACAACACGGAGGGCGACGACUGUCAGCUCUGCAAACCCUUCUACAACGACCGACCGUGGAGGAGAGCCACCGCCGACAACUCCAACGAGUGUCUGCGUGAGUCCGCCACAGAACCGCAGCUGUUACCACACAAGAACCCGGGUCUGAACCUGAAGGAACAGGGUCACCACGGUUCUGGUUUAGGACUUUAGUUUGUCGGUUUAAAGAGACGGCGCUCUGUUUUUAUAGAAACUAUGAAGGUCAAAGGUCAAAGGUCAGACUGAGCGCGGGCGAGGUCCAAACAGAAGCGGUUCUGCUCUUUGGUCCUGAAGGACUUUUGGGUCUUUACCAAACUUUCCAGGUCAGAUUCAGGUCAGAUACAGCUGUGUUUGUGUCAUUCUGAACACAGAAACUCAGUGACGAGCUCGGCAACAGUGGAGGAGGGUUACAGAAUACAGAGUUCUAGAAUUCUGGGUUCUGGGUUCCAGAACUCCGAGUUUCAUAUAAUCCUGACUGAUGGAAUUCUGGGUUCUAGAACUCUCCGGUGUAGAACACUAGAUUCUAGAAGUCUGGGUUCCGGGGUGCAGAGUUCUAGACUGCGUUGAAGUCUCUUAAAGAGACAGUACGCCCGCACUCUGUUUGUGUAACAUUGAGACACAUUGGCAGAACAUUCUGAGUGUUUCCCAUGAUGCAUUGCUGCCUGCUGUUGCACAGUUUACUCUGCAGAAACUGAUCCCAGCCUCAGCAUUAGUCAUGAGGGUCUCUGGGGGAUUGUGGGAGCUGUAGUUCCUAUAUGCUUGUGCAGAUGCAUGACUAACAGGGCUGAGGGAAUAUUCCGGCUCCUCGGCUCCCACACUCGGUUUAAUCCUCGCCCACAUCGGCGCCGGAAACCCGAGCAACCUGAGAGGAUGGAGACGGACAGCUGAGAGUUCACCUCAGUCGACCCGGGUGGACCCUCGGUCUGGGUUUAGACCCUCUGGGUUCAGAUCAGAGUGGGCUCAGGUACACAGGAGCAUCUGUCUCAGUCCUCUUCCUGUGGACAUGCUGCAGCUGAUCAGGGUCAAACAGGAAGAGGACACUUAGAGACUUUUUUAAACCUGCAGUUUUAAGAUGAAAAUCAUUAAAACUCAAAGUUCUGCAGCUUCAGGACCAACAGCUGAUUAAAGUGGGUUCAGGUUUAAGAAAGGAGCUGGUUUCUAAAAUCUUAAACCUUUUAAAGUUUUCACUGAUUUUAUGACUUCUGUUAUAUUUUCACUUUUUUUACAGCGUCUGUUUUUUUAUUAAUUCUUCUUUCAUUUAUUUCAUGAACACAAAAACAAACAGACACACGUCUGUUCGUGUCGUUUCCUCCAGACUCAGUCGUCCUCCGUCUCUCUCUGUUUUUCAGCCUGUGACUGUAACGGGAAGAGUUCUGAGUGUUACUACGACGCCGAGCUGUACCGGGCCACGGGUCACGGAGGUCACUGCAGGAACUGCGCCGACAACACGGACGGGCCCAACUGUGAGCGCUGCCUCGACAACUACCACAGAGACCAGAGCGGCGCCCGCUGUCUGCCCUGCAGCUGCAACUCCGUGGGUCAGUGUGACACACAAACACACACAAACACACACACACACAGACACAGAAACAGAAACAGACAGACACAAACAGACACAGACACACAAACACACACACAAACAAACACACAAACAGACACACAAACAGACACACAAACAGAAACAGACACACAAACAGACAGACAGAAACAGACACAAACACACAAACAGAAACAGACACAAACACACAAACAGAAACACACACAAACACACACAAACACACACACACAAACAGACACACACACACAAACAGACAAACACACACAAACACACACACACAAACACACACACACACACACACACAAACACACACACACACACACACAAACAGACACACAAACAAACACACACAAAACAGAAACAAAACAGACACACAAACAGACAGACAGAAACAGACACACAAACAGACACACAUAAACAGACACAGACACAAACAGACACACACACAAACAGACACACAAACAGACACACACACAGACAGACAGACACAAACAGACACAGACAGACAGACACAAACAGACAGACACACAAACAGACACAAACAGACACACACAAACAGACAGACACACAAACAGACACAGACAGACACACACACAAACAGACACACACAAACAGACACACAAACAGACACACAAACAGACACACAAACAGACACACAGACAGACAGACACAAACAGACACACACAAACAGACAGACACACAAACAGACAGACACACAAACAGACACAAACACAAACAGACACACACACAAACAGACACACACACAAACAGACACAGAAACAGACACACACACAGACAGACAGACACAAACAGACACAGACAGACAGACACAAACAGACAGACACACAAACAGACACAAACAGACACACACAAACAGACAGACACACAAACAGACACAAACACAAACAGACACACACACAAACAGACACACAAACAGACACAGACACAGACAGACAGACACAAACAGACACACAAACAGACACACAGACAGACACACACAAACAGACACACAAAUAGAAACAGACACACAAACAGAAACAGACACAGACAGACACAGACAGACACAGACAGACACACACAAACACACACAAACACACACAAACAGACACAGACACAGACACAGACACACAACAGCUCAGGAGCUUCCUCUGCAGACAGGACUGAGUUAUUCAGUAUUAGUGAUAAAAACGACACUCAGCGUCACUCUUUCCUCUAAAUUUGACCAAAACUUUCACUGUAUUGAAGCAAAUGACCUGAUUUUUUUUCUGACAAACUUUAUUUUUUCAUUUAAUUUGAAAAUAUGAUUCAAAUUUUUCAAAAGGUCAAUAGUUCACUGUCAGCAAAUUUACCACCCUGUAGCUGUAUGAGUGACUGUUUUCAGCCACUAACUUUGACUGCUGUGAAAAUAUAUCAGAUCAAUAUUUUUAUCUUUUUUUUUUUGCAUAAAUCUUUUAAUCAAUCUCAGUCUUGAUCAAAACUAUUAAAUUUUUUUUUUUUAAUUAACCCUUUGAAUGCUAAUUUAAUGAAGAAAGUCACUGAUAUGGGAAAAAUAAACACAAAAUGAGCUCAUUUCAGUAUGAAAAGUGAUAAAAGGUGAUUGGACAAAGAAUUUUUUUUAUAUUAUCACAGUCUUGGACAUGUCUUAUUCGCCAGGCGAAUUAUUUGCAUUUAUUCGCCCUUUUUUAAAACAGCAUAAAGUCAGUGCAAGCUUCCACACCGGCUGCGAUUUUUCCGCGGGGCGAAAAGCGUCUUUUUUUUUUCGCUCUUGUGUCGAAUUUUUCGGAGAUUCACAGGCGAAUAUCUGGACCUGCUAGACCACUGGCCAAUCAAAAGUCAUGUUGUUGAUGACGUCACAGACCCAUGCGGCUGCAGUUCACAUGACACACACCACCACUGGCACCAAGAGCAAUGAUGGGAGGGAGUGUGUACCACAGAGGGGUCGCCCAAUGUCGCUUCGCUCCACAAAUUCGCUGGUGUGUAAGGACCUUUAGAUCAGUAACUUUAAUGACUUUUAUGCAUAUUUAGUUUUUGUGCAGAAACAGAUUUUUAAACAAACUUCCUUUUCUGGUCUCAGUGUCUGUUUUUGCCCCAUUGACUCCCAUUAUAACCACAUGUUUUAAACGCAGAGACGUGACUCUAUAUAAAUAUAUUUACAGUCAGGAUGAUCAGUCCUGUUCAGAGGGGAUCAGAUUAACUCAUUUUACUCUUGAUCACCUGGUUCACACAUUUACCCCUGACACAGGCCCGAUGUUUUACUAACCUAGUUUCUGUAUUAAGGUGUUUAUGAGCACAUGUGUGUGUGUUGGGUGGGGGGCACAGGGUUAAAAUAGAGGGUGUGUAACAGCAGGACUGACCUCAGGAGUGUUUGUUCACUUGAGUGUGUGACCUUUGAGUCAGUCUAUUAAAUCUGUAUUAUUCAGAUUCAGUAGAUUUUCAGCAGAUUCAGAGUCUCUUUAAAACCAUCAGACCUGGUUUUGGUUCAUCCAGACUAAAACCCUCCACAGCUCCUCAAGCAGUUUUUCCUCCGGCAGAGAAAAUUUAGCUCGUCUGUGUUUUUGCAGCGAUGGCGUUAAGUCGAUGAUUUGAUUCCUGAUGUGACGAAACACGUCCCGUUAAACGUGAGGAUGCAGGGAGCUGCCCGGAUUCUGCAGCAGAGGAAUGCAGAUCCCAUAUUUCAGUGUAAAUGGAUCCAGAACCAGGAGAGCAGCAGCAGAACUCUGCAAACAUUCAGAGAGUGAAACGUUGAACCCUGGUCCUCAGCUCCUCAGUGUCCUGUCACACAAACGUCUCCAUGAUUUAACCCUCGGUGUUUUCCUAAAGUGGAAACAUGUGAACCCUCAGAGCUCUGCGGUCUCUGUGGUUUUCUACGGUAAACCGCUCUGGAACAGGAACCAGCUGCAGAUCCAGGAUCCAGACCCACUGACACACUGACAGCUCUGUAACAGGAGCUGAUGGUUAACGUGUGUGUGUGUGUGUGUGUGUGUGUGUGUGUGUGUGUUCAGGCUCCGAGUCCCCACAGUGUGAUAACAGAGGAGUGUGUUCCUGUAAACCUGGAGUGACCGGAGAGAAGUGUGAUCGCUGUCAGCCGGGGUUCCACAGUCUGACCGAGGCCGGCUGCAGGUACAACACACACACACACACACACACACAAAAACACACACACAAACACACACAGGCUCAUUUUGGUCGUUUUGAUGCCGUGAGCUUCAGAGACCUGGGAUUCUGGACCUUAUUUCUAAAUGCUAAACUGGUUUUCAUCUGAAAACACCGGUCCAAAGUCCCGCCUCCUUCUCCUUUGAUUGGCUAGAAAAGCUGGAAACGUCAUCACAAGCUUAAGCCGAGUGCGGCCUGUCAGCUCUGAACAUCGAACAGAACAUGACGGAACAUUAUCGCAGUUCUGAGUCUCCUUACCCGACAGACGAUGACGUUCCACAGUCAUUAGGAAUAACCAAUCAGAGCCCAGCUUUUCUAGCCAAUCAGAGGCGAAGGAGGGCGGGACCUUCUUCUACCAUCCUACAAAAAAAAAUUCACGUCCAGGUUGUUAUCUCCUGAUGGACCGGUGCUUUUAAAAGGAUCAUAGAGAGUUCAGUGAGGUCUGAGCGCCCUCUGCUGGAUCAACAUGGAAGUGAACUGUAGUAGAAAACAACAUCCUCUCUUCUCCUCCUCCCAUAAGUCUCUCUCUCUCUUCUACAAACUGAAAGUUAACGUUGAUCUCUCUCUCUCCCUCCCUCUCCCUCUCUCUCUCUCUCUCUCUCUCUCUCUCCCCUCAGGCCGUGCUCUUGCUCGCCCUCCGGCAGCACUCAGGAGUGUGACGUGAACACGGGACAGUGUCGCUGCAAAGACAACGUGGAGGGCUUCAGCUGUGACAGGUAACACACACACACACACACACACACACACACACACACACACACACACACACACACACACACACACACACACACACACACACACACACACACACACACACACACACACACACACACACACACACACACACACACACACACACACACACUCACACACACACAAUCACACACACACACACACACACACACACACACACACACACACUCACACACUCACACACACACACACACACACACACACACACCCUUUGUUGGUGUAAAGGUGUGUUCAAUGAUGAGGACAGCAGCAGGUACAGACAGGUGUGCUGAAGACAGAAUUGGAGAGUGAGUGGAUCAGUUCUGGUUCUGGUUCUGGUUCUGGUUCUGACCGUCUCUGUAUCCUCCAGGUGUAAACUGGGAUACUUUAACCUGGACCCCAACAACCCUCAGGGCUGCACGGCGUGUUUCUGCUUCCAGCACUCGUCCGUGUGCGACAGCGCCGACGGCUACAGCGUCCACACCAUCAGCUCCACCUUCAGCAGAGGUAACGGCAGCGCCUGCAGGCGGGACACAUGGACACAAAAACCCACCGAGCAUUUACCUGAACAGGUGUGUGUGUGUAGCUGCUAAUGCUAACGCUAAUGCUAAUGUGUGUUUGAAUCAGACGACGAGCAGUGGACGGCUCAGCAGAGAGACGGCGCCAGCGUCUCCGUCCAGUGGUCUCCGAGUGGACAGGAAAUCUCCCUCAUCUCCGAGGAUUACUUCCCCAUGUACUUCAUCGCCCCAGGUACACACACACACACACACACACACACACACUCACACACACACACACACACACACACACACAAACACCUGUUUACCUCAAAUUACAUUUGAACUCACCGGUUUACCUCCAAUUAAGAAGAUAAAUGCACCUGUUUAGCUCAGAUUAGGAUUAAACUCACCUUUUUACCUCAGAUUAGGUCGAAUUUACUUGUUAACCUCAGAUUAAGAAAAUUAAACUUAACUUUCUACCCCAGAUUAGGAUUAAACUCACAUGUUUACCACAGAUUAAGAAGACUAAACUCACCUUUUACCUCAGAUUAGGAUUAAACCCACCUGUUUCGUUUUUUUAUUUCACAGAGAAGUUUUUGGGGAACCAGAUGCUGAGUUACGCUCAGAACCUGACUCUGAAUUUCCGGGUCGACCGACGAGACACUCGGCUGUCGGCAGAGGAUCUGGUCCUGGAGGGGGCGGGGCUUAGGGUGGCGGUCCCCCUCAUCGCUCAGGGCAACGCCUACCCCAAUGAAAACAUGCAGACCUACGUGUUCAGGUGAGCGAGAGACAGAAAAACUGGUGAAUCUGGAUUAAACUGGGUAUAAUCUCAGGUAUAAACUGGUUAAUCUGGAUUAAAUUGAGUAUAAUCUCAGGUAUAAACUGGUUAAUCUGGAUUAAACAGAGUAUAAUUUCAAGUUUAAACUGGUUAAUCUGGAUUAAACUGGGUAUAAUCUCAGGUAUUAACUGGUUAAUAUGGAUUAAACUGAGUAUCUUUACAUGUAUAAACUGGUUAAUCUGGAUUAAACUGGGUAUAAUCUCAGGUAUAAACUGGUUAAUCUGGAUUAAACUGGGUAUAAUCUCAGGUAUAAACUGGUUAAUCUGGAUUAAACAGAGUAUAAUCUCAGGUAUAAACUGGUUAAUCUGGAUUAAACAGAGUAUAAUCUCAGGUAUAAACUGGUUAAUCUGGUUUCUCUUGUCCUGUUGUUAAUGGUUUAAUCUGGUUCUUCAGGCUCCAUGACAGCACAGAUUACCCCUGGAGGCCGGCCAUCAGCCACUCAGAGUUCCAGAAGCUUCUCCACAAUCUGACCGCCAUCAAGAUCCGCGGCACGUACAGCGAGAGAAGUACGCCGCACACAAACACACACUUCCUGGUUUUAAGUCACUUCCUGUUAGCCUCUGCGUUAAUCCACGCCUCCCUCCAGGUGCUGGUUACCUGGAUGAUGUGUCCUUGAUGACGGCGAGGCGGGGUCCCGGUGUCCCGGCCCGCUGGGUGGAGCGAUGCACCUGUCCUCAGGGUUACCAUGGUCAGCACUGUGAGCAGUGCACCGUGGGAUACCGCCGCGUACGCCAGGAGCUCGGCGCCUUCAGCCCCUGUGAGCCGUGCAACUGUAACGGACACAGCGAGGCCUGUGACCCCGGGACAGGUGAGAGACCGCCGACUGACUGUUUACUGACUGCUUUAGUUUCAGACGGCGAGUUCACGGUCUCUGAUGUUUGUUUUCAGGAGCGUGUGACUGUCGUGACAACACGGGCGGUUUGAGCUGUGAGCGCUGUAAAGACGGUUUCUAUGGCGACGCCACACGAGGAACGCCGAACGACUGUCAGCCAUGUCCGUGUCCCGCCGGAGCGACCUGCGCCGUCGUCUUUAAGACCAAAGAGGUGGUGUGCACCAACUGUCCCGCAGGAACCACAGGUACACACAAACACACACACACCUGACACACACACACACCUGCCUGCUGUUAUCAGAGGUCCUAACGUUACCACGGUAACUGUCUUCAGGUAAGCGCUGUGAGCUCUGUGAUGACGGUUUCUUCGGCGACCCCCUGGGUCAGGGCGGUCCGGUCCGAGCGUGCCGCGCCUGUAAGUGCAGCGACAACAUCGACCCCAACGCCGUGGGCAACUGUAACCGGGAGACCGGAGAGUGUCUGAAGUGCAUCUACAACACCGACGGCUUCUUCUGCGACCGCUGCAAGGAGGGUUACUACGGCAAUGCCCUCGCAACCAACCCUUCGGACAAGUGCAAGUGUAAGGACAUGGUUACGGCAUCACUUCCUGUUAGUCAGAGAUAACGCCUGUUCAGAGCCUCCAUGCUGUUUCUGACUCCUCCUCUUCCUCCUCCUCCUCCUCAGCCUGCUCCUGCUCGCCACUCGGCACCGUAGACCAUCAGACAGCCUGCUCCCAGGUCACGGGUCAGUGCCCGUGUCUCCCUAACGUGGCGGAGCGAGACUGCAGCGCCUGCCAGCCCGGCUUCUUCAACCUGCAGAGCGGAAACGGCUGUGAACGGUCAGCGAGCCUCAGCUUUCACCUCCUCUCAGAGAGACGCUCCUGCUGCUGCUCCGCACUCUGAACGCUCACCUGUGUCUCUGUCGCCCCCUACAGGUGUAACUGUAAUCCUAUUGGCUCCACCAACGGUCAGUGUGACAUCAUCUCCGGUCAGUGCGAGUGUCAGCCCGGAGUGACGGGUCUGCACUGUGAACGCUGCGAGGUCAACUUCUUCGGCUUCAGCUCGUCGGGAUGUAAACGUAAGAGUCCGAACAUCGGCGUGUUUUAAAGCUGCGCUCGCGUUUCCUCGGAAGUCGUAUGUCGGAGCUGAAAAUGACAUCAUACCUGAGUUAGCAGCGUUUCAGUUACCAAGUCGGAAAAAGGAAAUCAAGAUGGCUACAUCUAUAAAAAUUAUUUUGGCGCUUGACUUGUCCGAAUAAAGAGCCCUAACCUAACUUUCGUAGAUGUAGCCAUCUUGAUUCAGGUAAAAGUAAAAUCGGAGGCGGAAGCAAGAUGGCUACAUCUACGAACGUUUUUUUACUAGCUUCCGUAGAUGUCGCCAUCUUGUUUCCGCCUCCGAUUUUACUUUUUCCCGACUUGGUAACUGAAACGCUGCUAACUCAGGUGUGAUUUUCAGCAUCUGACCUCCGAGGAAACGCGAACGCAGCAUAAAGAGACGAUCACUAAAGAGAAUCGAAGAGGGCGAAGACCCGCGCCCUGGGGGACUCCUGCAGUCAGCUGAUGUUUCCGUCUGAUUUUGAUUUGUCGUCUUGUCUCCGUUUACCUCUUCAGCCUGCGACUGCGACCCCGAAGGCUCCCAGUCGGGUCAGUGUAAAGAGGACGGUCGCUGCGAGUGUCGACCCGGCUUCGUCGGCGCUCGCUGCGACAUGUGCGAAGAGAACUACUUCUACAACCGCUCGGCGCCGGGCUGCCAGCAGUGCCCGUCCUGCUACAGCCUGGUCAGGGACAAGGUGAGGACGCCGGGUUCGAGGAUCAGGAGGUUCUGCUGAGAACCAGUGUGUGCUCACCUGUGUGUGUUUGUGCGUCCAGGUGAACCAGCAGAGGCAGAAGCUCCAUGACCUGCAGACCCUGAUCGAUAACCUGGGCUCGGGUCAGGACACGGUCAGCGAUAAGGCCUUCGAGGAUCGCAUGAAGGAGGCGGAGCGAGCCAUCAUGGAGCUGCUGGACGAGGCUCAGACCAGCAAAGGUAACGACACCCACACCUGCGGGGUCCUCAUGUCAAAGUUCCUCUCACUGCCCCCCAGUGUCUGUUUGGGGAACUGCACCCCAACAACCCCGACACUGACACCAUGCUCUGACCUUUGACCCUGCAGACGUGGACCGAGGCCUGCUGGACCGUCUGAACAACAUCAACAACACCCUGACCACUCAGUGGAACCGUCUGCAGAACAUCCGCGACACCGUGGAGGACACCGGCACGCAGGCCGACCGCGCUCGCACCCGAGUCCGAGACGCCGAGAACCUGAUUGACCGGGCCCGCCAGGAGCUGGACAAGGCCAAGGACGCCAUCAGCAAAGUGGUGAGUCAUGCCGCCGAUGAGGUAUGAGGGUCGUUUUCAACCUGAGGGGGCGCUCACGGCGGUGAUUCUGUCUCUCUGUAGGACAUCAAACCUCCGAGCGGCGGCGGAGACCCGAACAACAUGACGCUGCUGGCUGAGGAGGCUCGCACGCUGGCUGACAAGUAAGACUGACGCACAAACGGUCGACGCACAAACGGUUCAGUGCGGCGGUCGAGGUUUUAAGAUUUACAAGUUUAACAAGUUUCAAACGUUUUUCAAUCACGAAGUUUCUGAAAAUGAGAAAGUCCGGUCCACGUUUUCCUCGCCAAGACCCCAGACCCUUAUCUGAUCUAUCUCACGGUCUUCAGGCACAAGAUGGAUGCCGACCAGAUCGAGAAAAUCGCCAAAGACGCCAACGACACAUCGACCAAAGCGUACAACCUGCUGCUGAAGACUCUGGACGGCGAGGGCAAGACGAGCCAGGAGAUCGAUGAGCUCAACAGGAAGUACGUCCCGCCGUAGCUUCCUGUUUCCCGUUUGACUGUGAGUGUGACGUUCGGGUGUAACGCCUGCUUGUCCGUGUUCAGGUACAACGAGGCGAAGGAGCUGGCGAAGAACCUGGAGAAACAGGCCAACAAGGUCCAGAACGAGGCCGAGGAGGCCGGAGACAAAGCUCUGAAGAUGUUCGCCAACCUGACGAGCAUCCCGGCGCUGGACACCAAGGCUCUGGAGGUCGGCGCCCAGACACGCUCUCAGGUCUUUAAGGUGCGCGUUCAAGUGUUGAACUGGUUAAAGAGCUCUGUGUGUUUGCAGGACGAGGCCAAAAAGAUCAAGAAGGAGGCGUCGGACCUGGACAAGCUGAUCGACAAGACGGAGAAGGAGUACAACGACCUGAGGGACGACCUGAAGGAGAAGGAGCAGGAGGUCCGCAAACUCCUGGAGAAGGGCAAGAGUGAGCAGCAGGUGAGUCACGGCUGGUCCUUCAAACGGAGGUCUGACUGAGAACCUGGAGAUCAGGGUCAGGAGGUUUUUGGUAACCAUGUCUGAUUGUCUCGUAGACGGCCGAUCAGCUGUUGGCUCGAGCUGACGCUGCUAAAGCUCUGGCUGAGGAGGCGGCGAGGAAGGGUCAGUCCACCUUCAAGGAGGCGGAGAGCAUCCUGGAGGACCUCAGAGGUACCUGACCGUCUCCUGUCUUGGACUGAAACACCUUCAGAGUGGAACACGAGGCGUCGUUCAGCGAACUCAUCAGAAGUUUUCUUUAUUUGAUUUUUUCGUCUCUUCGCCGUCUGUAGAUUUCGACAGGCGCGUUAACGACAACAAGACCGCCGCCGAGGACGCUCUGAAGAAGAUCCCCGUCAUCAGCGCCAUCAUCAAGGCAGCCAACGAUAAGACCAAGCAGGCGGAGUCAGAGCUCGGAAACGCCGCCAACGACGCCAAAGAGGCCAAGAGCAAGGCGGAGGAGGCGGAGAGGAUCGCCAGCAACGUGCAGAAGGUAUGACGAUGACCGCUACCUGUCCUGAUGCCGAUUUUCUUAUUUUCACGCACAUUUAUACUCACCGCUGUCAAUCACUCCUGCGUCCUCUCAGGGAUCGGCGAAGACCAAGGAGGACGCCGAGAAGGCGCUGCAGGACACCAACAAGCUGGACGACGAGGUGGACGACAUGAUGAACCAGCUGACUGACGCUGAGCAGAAGCUCGCCAAGAAGAAGGCGGAGGCCGACAAUGACAUGAUGAUGGCUGGGAUGGUAAGACCUGGUCCUUCAGGGCGGGACUCGAGUCUGAGAAAACGUUAAUGUCGUUAAAGUGAAUCUGAGAGAUUUCCAGGCUGAGUGUUAGAUCAACCCUGGGUUCUGUCUCACAGGCGUCAGACAACGCAAAGGAGGCGGAGGGCAACGCCCGCAAGGCCAAGGGCGCUGUCAAGAUGGUUCUGAGCACCAUCACCGCCCUGCUGGAUCAGCUGGGUAAGACCAGCUCAUCUCCUCAGACUCAGUUUGAGAAUAAAUCCCAGUUUGUCCGACUGGUUCAGCCGCCCAAAAACGUGAUUUCCUCUCCUGUCUCCCUGCAGGGAACAUCGAUAAGGUCGACCUGAGCAAGCUGAACCAGAUCGAAGAGUCCUUGAAGAGCGCCAAAGGAAAGAUGGCCGACAGCGAGCUGGACAGGAAGCUGACAGAGCUGAACGACGUGGCGCGGACCCAGGAGGACAUGAUCAACGACUACGACCGGCAGAUCCGCGAGAUCCGCAGCGACAUCAACAACCUCAACGACAUCAAGAACACGUUACCCGAAGGCUGCUUCAACACGCCGUCCCUGGAGAGGCCUUAACCCCGCCCACCUGCCCCCUGCUCCUCCUCCAUCCACCUCCAACACUCCCCCCUUCACUUCUAACACUCUGGCGAGCACGCCGACCUUUACCAAAACAGUUUUUUAACGUUUUUGUUUCCGAUUCUUGUCUUUGUUUUUCUUUGUAAGAGAGAAGCCGAUCUUUCCAGCUCUCACGCAAACAGAAGCAGCUGUUUUUGUUUGUCUUUAGGGUUUUUUUCCUUCGACACGCAGUGACGUGGUUUCGGUAGCGUGAACUAAGCGGCGCAGAGAAGCCGUGCAGAGAGGUGGAGGAUCCUCGGAGAAAAACCAGAACCACAAACCCGACGUGACUGCACCGUCUGCUCCGACAGAGGACGCUUCACCGACGCAGAAACCACACUGAAGUUCCUCACGCCGCGAGGAAGGUCCGCUCGAAUUUCAGCCAUUACCCAUCAUGCCCUGGGACACACGUCAGAUUUUAGUUGCUUUUUGAUUCUCAGAUCAGCCAUUUUUUCAGACACCACAGUGAAGGAACUUUUCUCCCAACGCUGCGACUCAGAGCGCAGGAAACACCAUCGCACCUCUUUCCUCCAGCAGUAUUCGCUCCCACACGGGCUGAGUUAAGCCACACCCACUUUAACGAGGCGUUUCAAACCUCUGAAGUCCAGAAAAAUGAGCCCGAGGAUCUUGUUUGCACCAGAUACUAAUAUCCUGUUUUUAAAAGGUCUUGGUCUUGGCCCGAGGGUUAGAAGAUCCUUUUUUACGUCCAAGAUCCGAACCUUAUGGAAACAAAGAUUCAAUGGGAACAACAUGACAGUAGCGCCAGAUACCAUCUUGUGCACACAAGAUAUGAGUCUUGUAGGUAAGAUUUAUAUUAAAUGUGCGAAAGUUAACAUCUUGCUUUUAAAAGGUAUUUACAUUAUGUCAAAUCUUGAAGAUAAUUUAAUUUUUGCGCAAGAUAUCAGGAGUGCUCUCAGGAUAUGAAUCUUGUGAGAACAAGAGAGAAGCUUUUACCUUAAAUAUACUGUCUUCUUAAUGCAAAACAUCAUCUUGCACAAACCAAAUGUCAGCUGAGGUGCAACAAGAUAGCAUCUUGCACACGCCAGACACCAUCUUUUGUACACAAAACAACAUCAUACAGGUAAAACAUUUUAGCUGAUUAGCAAGAUUAAUCAUUUAUAUGCUGGUGUCAAUAUCUUGUUUUUAAGGUGUUUUGAUAUUGGGGACAUUUUCUUGUUUGCCCAAGAUACUAAAUGUGCUCUGAGAAUAUGUAUCUUGUGAGAAGAUAGUAACUUAUGCACCAAAGAUGUUAUUCUUAUGCGCAACAUAUUAUCUUGCCCACACUAAACAUCAGCUUGGUGUGAGCAAAAGGAUAGUAUCUUGUGAGACAGCAUCUGGUGUCACAAAAUAUGGAUCUUGUAGGUAAAACUAGAUAUCUUUAGCAAGAUUAAUAUUCAUGUGUUUAUAUGCAAAAGUUAAUAUCUUGUUUUCAAAAGGUAUUGGCUUAGAUAUUGGUCUUGUGAGAACAAGAUGGAGUUUGUGCACCAAACAUGCUAUCCUUAUGGGCAAGAUACACCAAAUAUUAUCUUGGGUGCACAAGAUAUGUUGGUGAAAGAAAAAAAAAUGAUUUGAAGUCUAUGCACACACGCUAACACCUUCUCAGACAAGUAUCUUGAUUUAAAAACAUGAGGAUCUUGUUUUGAGGCUAGAGGAUAUGUAGCAAGAUCCUAAAUUGUGCUCUAAAAAUGGAUCUUGUGGGAGCAACUGAAUAUGCUAGCUAUAAUGCACAAGUAAUUACCUUGCACAAUCAAGAUGUCAUCCUGUGUGCGCAUGAUAUGGAUCUUGUGGGCACAUCUUGCUACCAAGAUAAAUUGGGUGCAACCGUGAACAUUGAAGAAUGGAUUUUUAGAGUGUGAAGAUAUGAUAUUGUUACUGCAAGAUAACUGCACAGGAUCUGGAGCUUGUGAGAAUAGAUGCCAGCUUGUGUGCUCAAGAUACUAUCUGGCGUGAUGACUGUCUGCAUUGUUCCCCAAGAUGAAGAUCUACUUUUAGGUUUAGAAGUUAUAGUUUAAAAGGAAAUGCUUUCUCUGCGUUGACUUUUCCAACAAGAUUAUCUUGUGCGAACAAGAUCCUGUAUGUUUCUGGACUUCAGCAGCUCAGUAGGUCUUGGCUCAGCCCUGUCGCUGGUUCGUGAACUGACAUCGUAACUCUACGAUCUUCGAUUUUCCUUGUCGUUCUGUCAGAAGUUGCUGCUUGUCUCACACGCUAACUUCGUCUCCUUCUUCCAGGCUCAAUCCAACACUAUGCAACUUUGUACAUUUGCGUAGCGAGAAUUUUAUCUGAUACACUGGUGCUAAUAAUUAUUUCAAAUGUUAUAUUUUUGUGUGAAUGUUUUUUAUUAUGACAUAGAGUGAGGAAUUUGAUAUUUGUGUAAAUAUAUGCUUAAAUGAUUCAGGACGGGCUGAGAAAGAAAAGCUCCACCGUGCAAACAGCCGCAUUAAGUUUUUAUCACAAUCAAUCAACAGAAACCUCCAGGUUAAAUAUAUAUAAAUAUCUAUGAUAACGUCUGUGGUAUGUUAUUAUUAUAAUAUGCUUGCUUGUAUACACGGCUCAGUGUUGCUGCCUCAUAGCGAUGCCAAUAUUUCGUUUGUGUUUUAUUGAUCCUCUGUGGGUUUUCACCAGUUAAUUCAACCUAACUGAAUAUUUUUUUAGUGUUUAUUUUUGACCCUUUUACCAAUCAGGACAUGUUUUAAAGGAGACGUCCCCACUCUGAACCUACAGCGAGCUUCAUCACCUGUCGCUCCGUUAGUUUGAAUUUGUGUUUCGUGCCUUAAUAUAAAAUGCAGUUUGAAUCACAGUCCUCCUCGUCGAGGGCCUCCACGUUUUUAUUUACACCUGAUUUUCCUUGUUGUUCACGGUCUCCUCAUGUCGGUACUGAAGCGGGGUGUUUUUAAAAAUCAGGUCCUAAACAGAGAAGAAAAAAAAAACUGAUCCAAGUCCAGCAGGUUCGAGCCAAACACUCCAGAGUUUCGGGUUUUAGUUUGGAUUCUGCAGAGAAACAGACAUGAGAUCAUGAAGUCUGUGACGUUCGACUGUCUGACACUUUUCUGUUGUUUUAUUUUUGCCGUUUUUUUCCUCCCUCCAUCCAGACGGCCGCCCUGCAGGCUGCGCAGCACUCACGCACUCUCUCACAUGAUGUAUAAACAGUAUUUUAAGUUAUAUUGUACCAGUUAUUUGUAUUGUAACCCUGUUGUCGUCUUAGAUGCUGAUGUGAGUGCUGCGCAGCCUGCAGGUCUCCUCUGCAGUCUGUGUUUUUAUUCUGACGUCAUGUUUGCAGCUCUGUGAGGACCUGAAUGACCCUGUUUGUUCACAUGUGCCUGUAAAUCCAAACUUAACAUUUGAAUAAUAAAAAAUUACUACAGGAAACACUGUGUGAAGGAG